CUCCGUGGGAUGGGACCUGCGAAAAUUCUGAAGGAUAACAGAUUCUAAAAUGCCAGGCUGGGCAGAGGCGCGCGCGCAGGCGGACUGAGCGGCGGCGGCGGCGGCGCCAGGCAGCCUCGCCAUCCUCUCCGGGCCGCGCCAGCGAGCGAGGGCCGCCCUCCGUCAGCCGCGAUGCCGCUCGGGCGGAGGCAGCUGCCGGAGCCCCGCUGAAGGGGACCGCAGCCACCAUGGGCGAGAGGUCCCCGCCUCCGGCCGGCCGGCGGACCCGGCUGGUCUCCUCGCUGGUGCUGGGGCAGCGCGCCUGCGAGGUCGCCCUGGACCCGGAGAGAGGCGCCUUGGAGUGGACGGAGCAGCCGCAGCCGCGCGGGGGGAGAGGUGAGGUCGCUUGGAGGGGGGGCGAGGGGGCUCCGAGCCAUGUGCAGAGUGCCGCUGCCAGCCCACCACCAGCUCGGAACUGCCACUUUCCCCCUUAGGGAAACAACAACAACAAAAGGAACCUCGGUGUUUUUCAGGGUUCCGAGCCAUGUGCAGAGUGCCGCUCUCUCCCUCCCGGUGCUCAAGACACUGCCGUUUCCCGUGGUGGUGGUGCUGCUUUCGGAAUCAGGGCUCCGGGCCAUGUGCAGAGUGCCGCCGCCGCCUCCCUCCUCGCCUCCAAGACGCUGCCGCUUUCCUCUCCCCUUUUCAAGUUAAGGCGUGGUGGUGGUGGUGGCGCUUUCGGGAUCAGGGCUCCGGGCCAUGUGCAGAGUGUCGCUGCCAGUCCACCACCAGCUAGGAACUGCCACUUUCCCCCUUAGGGCAACAACAACAACAAAAAGAACCUCGGGUGUUUUUCAGGGCUCCGAGCCAUGUGCAGAGUGUCACUCACCCCCACCCCCACCACUAAGGAGCUGCCACUUCUCCCUUAGGUAAAACAACAACAAGGGGGACUUUCAGAGGAACUUCUGGGCCCUCCCAGUUUUCAUCCUUUUCAAGUUAAACAAUGGUUGUUGUUCUGAUGUUUCUGGAGUUAGGGUUCUGAGCCAUGUGCAGAGUGCCGCUGCCAGCCCACCACCAGCUAGGAACUGCCACUUUCCCCCUUGGGGCAACAACAACAGAAAGAACCUCGGGUGUUUUUCAGGGUUCUGAGCCAUAUGUAGAGUGCUGCUCUCUGCCUCCCGGUGCUCAAGACACUGCAGGUUCCCCUCUUUUCAAGUCAAGCCGUGGUGGUGGUGGAGCUUUCGGAAUCAGGGCUCCGGGCCAUGUGCAGAGUGUCGCCCCCUCCCUCCCCACCUCCAGGACACUGCCACUUCUCCCUUAGGUAAAAAAAACCAAGGGUGACUUUCAGAGGAAUUUCUGGGCCCUCCCAGUUUUCACCCCUUUUCAAGUUAAACAAUGGUGGUUGUUGUGAUGUUUUUGGAGUUAGGGUUCUGAGCCACGUGCAGAGUGCCACCCCUUCCUCCCCACCAGCACUACCAAGGGAUUGCCACUUUCCCCCUUAGGUAAAAAAACAACAACUCCGUUGACUUUCAAAAGGACUUCUGGGCCUUCCCAGUUAAACACUGGUUGUUGUUGAAUAUGGUUGUUAAGUUGUUGUUGUUUUAAAUUACAUUUAUACCCUGCCUCUGUCCUGCCAGGCGCUGGGUUGGCUUCAGUUGGGCAAGGUGCUGCCUCCAAAAACCACAACCCAAAAGGCAAUCGCUUUGUGUCCUCCAACGUUGUUGGAUUACAACCUCCCAACCUUCCUACCCAGUGUGGCCAGGGAUGAUGGGAGUUGUAGUCCAUGAACAUCUGGAGGGCCCAAGGCUGGGCAAGACUUUGAAGGCCGUUGGGGAGCGCUGAGGAUGGUUGGGAGCAGGGCAAGGGCUUCAGAUGGCCUAUUGUCACAACCCAGGACUGGUCGUUGUGCAAAUAUAUGGGGGAAAUAUUAAGAAAUCCCCAUAUGCUUGGUUCACAAGUAGGAUCCCAGGUCUGAAGGCUACUGCCAUAGAGCAUCGAGAAACAGCUUUGGUUCGAACCGGUUUGAAACACUGUGCACCAGCUUUGCUGAUCCUGCAUCACUUAAAAACUUUGCUUAGGGGUAUUGCCAAUACAGAUACCUCUGAAAAAUGGUUGAGCUACUUAACUCAUAUAGAGCCAUCUUAUUUGGUGGCCCGUGAUAAUCAGCAUCAGGCAAGGCCGGCCCAAGAUAUUUUGCCACUUGAGGCGAGCCACAAAAUGGCACUCCCCUCCCUGCCAGGGAGAUUGCCAGGGAAGAUUGACAUCAGGUAGUGAUGAGUGAAGAUUGACAUCAGGAACAAGGGGGGAAUAAAGAUCUACUUUGGGAUCUGCUGCCCCUGGGGAUCUUGUCGCCUGAGGCAGUCUUCUUGCCUCACCUUGCCUCACGGCUGGGCUGCCCUGACAUAAGGGCACCACUACCACUGCCCAGUUCAGACAUCUCUUGAAAUUGGGGCAUGAAUUCUCCCAAGCUGUUAUUAUUCAGGGGCCCAUGCAAGAAACUUCGUUCUCUUCUCAUUAGUGUUUGCAUCAUCUGUCAGCAUCUCAGCCUGAGAGGUUCCACAUUCCUGUUUAAUAUUUGCUAGUCAGAUAUGCGGGGAGGAGAGUCUGUGUGAAUGAAAGGUGUGCUGACGACGUCACUGGUUCUGAAAACUGCUACUACAAGUUCAGUGGCUGGCAACAGCUCCCAAGCCUUCUAAGAAAGCCACAUGCUUCGUUUUAUUUUUUGCCGUUGGCUAUGUUUGUAUGUUAAAUAUUUGUAAAGUCUUAGCAGUUUUAUUUUUUAAGAGUGAACACAGAGAUUUGCACUGCUACGUACAGGGUAUUUGGACAAUGGCUAGUAAAAGUUCUUUUACGAUUGUCAGUCUUAAGCAGUUAAUUGUCCCUGUUUGCCCAUUACAGUAGGUCAACUUUUUAAAAAAAUGGCCUGGCCUAGUUCAGUGUCAGUUCUACAUGCUGCACAUCAGAACUGUAGUCUGUUGAGAGCCUGUUUGCACAAUACAGUUUUUGACCACACAAUAAAUACAGUUUUUGACCUGGCGUAUGUUCUUAUGUACAAAUUUGUUUAAACCAGGCAUUCGUUCUCAGUACGUUUCCGAGCACAAUUCAAAGUGUUGGUGCUGACCUUUAAAGCCCUAAACGGCCUCGGUCCUGUAUACCUGAAGGAGUGUCUCCAUCUCCAUCGUUCUGCCCGGACACUGAGAUACAGUGCUGAGGGCCUUCUGGUGGUCCCCUCACUAUGUGAAGCCAAGUUACAGGGAACCAGGCAGAGGGCCUUCUCGGUAGUGGCACCCACCCUGUGGAACGCCCUCCCACCAGAUGUCAAAGAGAAGAAUAACUACAAAACUUUUAGAAGGCAUCUGAAGGCAGCCCUGUUUAGGGAAGCUUUUAAUGUUUAAUAGGUUAUUGUACUUUAGUGUUCUGUUGGAAGCCGCCCUGAGUGGCUGGGGAAACCCGGCCAGAUGGGUGGGGCAUAAAUAAUAAAUUAUUAUUAUUAUUACUAUUAUUAUUAUAAGCACCCCAGCAUCUAGAUCAGCGACAAGGAACCUGUGGUCCUCAAGACAUUGCUGGACCUCAGCUGACCUCAGCUCCAGCAACAUGGCCAAUGGGCACGGAUGAUGGGACUUGUAGUCCAACAAUAUAUGGAGAGCACAGGAGCCUUCUCCUCAGUUCCUUCCUUCUAAUCUCAUCUACUAUUUUCACCCUUGGCCUUAACUCUGAACUCAGAUCAAGCAGCGGAUCUUGCAGUUAAACUGCAGUUAAACUGGACAUACCCAUUGAGUUAAACAGGCCUUACUCCUGGGUAAGUGUAUAUCAGGCUGUUCCCUAACUCUCUUGCAGUGCACUGUGGACAGAUCUGGGCCAUCCUUUCAGGGUGACUCAGGUAUGUUUGUUCUGCAAGGGCACGCACAGCAAUAAUCCAUUUAAAGUCGCACACCCUCAGUCUUAGCCAUGCCAGCCAUUGCACCGUCUCUCUUCCUGUCAUCCCAGAAGUUCAGGAGCAGCUUGCAGGAAGGGCUGGCAGUGGUGCCUUUCUAGAUUACGAUACACAAGGCAGUUUACAACAACAAAAUAUAACCUGGCCUCCCAGCACUGCCUCAGUUUACAGCCAGAUGGGUGGGGUAUAAAUAAUAAAUUAUUAUUAUUAUUAUUAUUAUUAUUAUUAUUACUAUCACAGCUCUCUUUUCGGGGCUUCUGGCUUCAUAACAACCUCUCUUUCUUCUGUGCUGCAGUUAGACCAGGCUUCCUCAACCUCGGCCCUCCAGAUGUUUUGAGGCUACAAUUCCCAUCAUCCCUGACCACUGGCCCUGCUAGCUAGGGAUCAUGGGAGUUGUAGUCCCAAAACAUCUGGAGGGCCGAGGCUGAGGAAGCCUGAGUUAGACCCAAGUCAAUGUGUUCUUCGUCUCUGCCAUGAGCAGAGCCUUUCCUGCUACAGCCCCAAAGCUAUGGACACACCUUUCUGGGCGGGGGGGGGGGGAGAGUCUGAGCAGCUGCUUCCUUUUCACAGCAAAAACACAUUUGCUUCGAUCGGUCUUUGGGUAUUAAUCACUCCUCUGCCCUGUUUUACUGCUUCACUAUUUUCCAGUUUUGUAUUCUAGUACAGUGGUACCUCGGUUUACGAACUUAAUCCGUUCCGGAAGCCUGUUCUUAAACCAAAGCAUUCUUAAACCGAGGCAGGCUUUCCUUACUGAGGCCUCCCGCCGCCAGUGCCCUUCCACCGUUUGGCUUCCGAGGCAAAGUUUGCUAACUGGAACACCUACUUCCAGUUUUGCAGAGUUCGUUUGCCAAAUAGUUCGUGAACAGGGCUGUUUGUAGACACAGGUACCGCUGUAUUGUUAUUGUUUUAGGACCCUCAUACCUACGGGACCGCCUCUCCUGGUAUGUCCCACGGAGGACCUUACGAUCUUCAAACAAAAACACCUUGGAGGUCCUGGGCCACAGGGAGGUUAGGCUGGCCUCAACCAGAGCCAGGGCUUUUUCGGCUGUGGCCCCGAUCUGGUGGAACGCUCUGUCACAAGAGACUAGGGCCCUGCGGGACAUGACAUCUUUCCGCAGGGCCUGCAAAACAGAGCUGUUCCACCAGGCCUUUGGCCAAGGCACAGUUUGACCCCCUCCUUCUGUAAUCUUCAUGGAACUCUAACCCAAUGGUUGCCAUUAAUUUGAUUCUGAAUUAAUUUUAGAAUGAAUUGAUUUUAGAAUGUAUUUCAAUGAAUUGAUUGUGAUUUUAUGUAAACUGUGUUACUUUUACUGUUGUUAGCUGCUCUGAGCACGGCUUCGGGUGGGGAGGGCGGGAUAUAAAUUAUUUUAUUAUUAUUAUUAUUAUUAUUAUUAUUAUUAUUAUUAUUAUUAGCCGCUAUGCAACUGACUUCACUGAAUAACAGGACAGGCACAUACCGGUAUUUGGUAACUCAUAUAAGAAUAAAUACCGUAUUUUUUGGUCUAUAGGACUCACUUUUUCCCUCCUAAAAAGUAAGGGGAAAUGUGUGUGCGUCUUAGGGAGCGAAUGCAGGCUGUGCAGCUAUCCCAGAAGCCAGAACAGCAAGAGGGAUUGCUGCUUUCACUGCACAGUGAUCCCUCUUGCUGUUCUGGCUUCUGAGAUUCAGAAUAUAUUUGUUCUUGUUUUCCUCCUCCAAAAACUAGGUGCGUCUUGUGCUCUGGUGCGUCUUAUAGAGCGAAAAAUACGGUAAUCUCAUACGAUCCAUGCCUUCUCCCAGAGUCCCAAGUCAAUUUGAAGACAACUGGUUAUUUCUCCUGCAGGGGUGCCUCCCCCCAGCCCACCUGGCUCUACCAAGGCGGCAUUUCCUCCGAGAAAAGUGGUUUGGGGCCACAUAGAGACACCCCCAUUCAGCUCCCUUGACUUUCAUGCUCCAUUUCUCAAUGGCAUCGUACGGAAAUAACAGCAAAGAGUUCUGCCCCUGCUUUGCCAGAUCUGCUGGCUUCUGUACUGCUGAGAAAGCAAAAUGCAAUGCCAAUCAGGCUUGUCAAGCAGGAACAGAGCAUUCUGCUUUACCUGCUGAGGAGGCAGCGAGCAGGGAAGAGGGACUGGUUUAUGAGGAGUGCCAGGGGCCCGAUCCAGAUUUAGCCUGAAGCUGGAGGUUCUCUCACCAUCUCCCACAACCCACUAAAGCUGAGGUCUCUUUGGCCUCCCACCUUUCUGCUGCAUCCAUCCAUUAGGGAAGCUUUUAAUGUUUAAUAGAUUAUUGUAUUUUAAUAUUCGGGCCAGCCAGAUGGGCGGGGUAUAAAUAAUAAAUUAUUAGUAGUAGUAGUAGUAGUAGAGGCAUUGUAGCGGGCUGGACUAGAUGACCGCUGGGGUCCCUUCCAACUCUAAAGUUCUAUGAUUCUAACCAGGGUGGAUGUGAUUUAAAUCAAAUCGAUUUAAAUCACUAGUCAGUAAGACUUGAUUUACCGUAUUUUUCCGUGUAUAAGACUAGGUUUCCCCCCUAAAAAAUAAUGUCAGAAAAUAGGGGGCAUCUUAUACAAAGAUACAUCUCCCCCCAUUUUCUUAAAUUGGAGUCUCCCAAAAUAGGGGGCGUCUUAUACAUGGGGGCGUUUUAUAGAUGGAAAAACACGGUAAAUCUCCCCCCCUUCCCCCCCCUUUUUACAGAAACCUUCAUUCUUGCUGGUAUCAGCUUAUUAUUUGCAACCAGAUGAAGGUUUUUGGAAUAAUAAAUUUUCAGAGUAGUUUUUACAGUUAUAUCCAAAAUUGCUGAUUUGGUUAUGCUAUUAGAAGUACGCAGACAGAUAAUUAUGAAAUUAUUGUGAGGUUUAAUAAGUUAUCUGUUUAUAUUUGGACAACUUCCCUUCUGUACUUUAUUGGAAGGAGAAGAAGAAUCAUUUCCUGAAUAACAAUUUAAACAAUUUAUUUAACCAAAACAAUAACAUUAUAGCAUAUGUAACCAUGUUUGUUAACAGAUGUGGUUAAACAAUUUUUUUUUUAUAAAAACACCAGACUGAGUUUUAGCACACAUGAAAAACUUAGAACAAAUCCUUAUUACCUGAUGAAUAGCCUUUGGUCUAUAAUGUAACUUAAAUAGAAAACUAUAUUUGGGGGGGGGAAAUCCUCCAAAAGCAUUUUAUUUUAAAAAUCAAAUUUAAAUCAAAAAGUUCUGAUUUAAAUCAAAAAGUUCCAAUUUAAAUUUAAAAAAUCCGAUUUAAAUUUAAAAAAAUCUGAUUUAAAUUUAAAAAAUCCGAUUUAAAUAAAAAAAAUCUGAUUUAAAUUUUAAAAAUCUGAUUUGUUAUUUCUUUUUUAAUCAUUUAUUUAUUUAAUCAUUGAUUGAUUGAUUGAUUGAUUUUUUUAAUCAUUGAUUUUUUAUUCACCUGCCCUUCCCAGCCCAGCAAAGAUCUGCUGCCCGAAGUGAUCAUCUCACUGUGCCUAAUGAUAGGGCUGGAAAUUGGGGCUGGAUUGAGAGGAAUUUUGACAUGCCACUGGCAUUCUGUUAGAUAAAAAGAUCUUAAAAGCCAGAGAACAGGCUUCUUCAUUUGUUUUCUGUCCCUCCCUCUCUCUCUCUUUUAAAUAUCUCUAUGGCCUCUUCAAGUAACUGUAGAAGACCUCUCUGCUUCACUUGUUCAUCUUACAUCAAUACUUUCAAAUCCACCUUAAGCUUUGUGUGUCAAUAAGUGGUGAAAUGCCAGGACUGUUGAAUAUGGCCUUCCUUAAUGAACUUGAGAACCUGACCUACUUCUGGAGCUAUUUAACUCAACAUUUUUAAAGAUUUGUAACGCUACUCCUCAAUCUUCAUCUGAUCGGGCCAUUGCAGGAAACAGGAAGCUCUCCUUUUGCAACCAAAAAUACAUUGAAAGAGAACCAAAGAACCCACAAGCGAGACAAUGUGAGGCUUUGGGAACGAGAGAAAAAAGUCUUCGGCAAUAAUAAAGUGCACUGCUGCAUGCUUUGAUCUCCUGCCAAAAUAAUCAUUGUUUACCUGAGGAAGAUUAAUACAUAAGGGAAGUAUCAGUUGAUGAGCUGUCUGGUGAGACUGGCCUCUUACAUAACAGGAAGCCCUGUAACACAACACAGCCCUAUGCAGUUAGUCAAGAAUAAAAAGGUGAAGGGGAAAAAAUAGGUCGUCAAGAAUGAAGGCCUUUUGUAAUAGGGAGAUUUACGCUUACGUAAGCUUGAACGGCAUUGCAUCACCAACCCCUUAAAUAGUACCAGGCUUGCCAAAAACAUCAGUGUCUGUAGUUUCCCCCCACCCCUUGGACAGUGGUGAGGAAUCUCUGGUCUUCCAGAUGUUGUUAGACUCCAUCUCCCAUCAGCCAUUGUCUGCACAGCCAAUGGCCAGGUUGUCAACAGUGAAACCACAUCUGGAGGGCCACAGUUUCCUCCACCCCCAGACACUGUUCAGAGUUAGCUAGGCGCCAGGUUCAUUUGCGGGAUGUGGGUGGUGCUGUGGGUUAAACCACUGCGCCGCUUGGGGUUGCCGAUCUGAAGGUUGGCGGUUUGAAUCCCCGCAACAGGGUGAGCUCCCAUUGCUCGGUCCCUGCUCCUGCCAACCUAGCAGUUCGAAAGCACGUCAAAGUGCAAGUAGAUAAAUAGGUACCGCUCCGGUGGGAAGGUAAACGGCGUUUCUGUGCGCUGCUCUGGUUCGCCAGAAGCAGCUUGGUCAUGCUGGCCACAUGACCCGGAAGCCGUAUGCCGGCUCCCUUGGCCAGUAAAGCGAGAUGAGCGCCGGUCACGACUGGACCUAAUGGUCAGGGGUCCCUUUACCUUUAGGUUCAUUUAGAAAUGUAGAGAUUAUAGUACAUUGGUACCUCGGGUUACAUAUGCUUCAGGUUACAUACGCUUCAGGUUGCAGACUCCGCUAACUUAGAAAUAGUACCUCGGGUUAAGAACUUUGCUUCAGGAUGAGAACAGAAAUGGGCUCCGGUGGCGCGGCGGCAGAGGGAGACCCCAUUAGCUAAAGUGGUGCUUCAGGUUAAGAACAGUUUCAGGUUAAGAACGGACCUCCGGAACGAAUUAAGUACUUAACCCGAGGUACCACUGUAAAUCCUUUUGUGGGUGUUGUCCCCAAUAAAUGAAUUUUGUUUAUUUAUUUGUUUGUUUGUUUGUUUGUUUGUUUAUUCCCUGCCUGUCUGGCUGGGCUUCCCCAGCCGCUCUGGGCGGCUUCCAACAAAAGAUUAAAAACAUGAUAAAACUUCAAACAUUAAAAACUUCCCAAAACGGGGCUGCCCUCAGAUGUCUUCUAAAUGUUAGAUAGUUGUUUAUCUCCUUGACAUCUAGUGGGAGGGCGUUCCACAGGGAGGCCCUCUGCCUGGUUCCCUGUAACUUCGCUUCUCGCAGUGAGGGAACUGCCAGAAGGUAUGUAAACCAGGAGCUGGCCCUAGGCAUGACAUAAGUAUAGAAUAAUAAUUACGAUAAUGAAUAGCUGAGGCAAAUAAUUUAUGGACCAUCAUCCUCAUCAUUUGUAUGUGUGUGUCUGUCCCACCAACCCUGACAUUUCUCAGAGCGGGUUACGUAGAUUUUGGAGUCAACUUGCUCUCCAGCUAGUGGCCCUGCCAAAGAUACGUUAUGAGAUCAUCCUCAGGCACUACAAAUUCUUACUUUGGAUUGCUGUACCAGUUUUUGUGAUUGGUGAUGCUCGUUUUAUCACGUGUUACUUUUACACGUUGCUUCAGUUAGCAGGAUUGCAGUAUGUGACUAACACGUUUUUGGAAAUAUAGUAUUUAUUGUUGAUAAUGCGCUUUGCAUCGAAGGCAGAAUUGCGCUGAGUUCCUUGGAAUCGAUUAAACAUAUUGUUAUGAAUUUGAUGGGUGGGGAGGGAAGACCCCCCUAAAUCAUGGGUAGGCAAACUAAGGCCCAGGGGCCAGAUGCGGCCCAAUCGUCUUCUAAAUCCGGCCUGCGGACAGUCCGGGAAUCAGCUUGUUUUUACAUGAGUAGAAUGUGUCCUUUUAUAUAAAAUGCAUCUCUGGGUUAUUUGUGGGCCUGCCUGGUGUUUUUACAUGAGUAGAAUGUGUCCUUUUAUUUAAAAUGCAUCUCUGGGUUAUUUGUGGGGCCUGCCUGGUGUUUUUACAUGAGUGGAAUGUGUCCUUUUAUUUAAAAUGCAUCUCUGGGUUAUUUGUGGGGCAUAGGAAUCCGUACAUUUCCCCCCACCCCCCAAAUAUAGUCUGGCACCCCACAAAGUCUGAGGGACAGUGUACCAGCCCCCUGCUGAAAAAGUUUUCUGACUCCUGCCCUAAACCCAGUAAAUGAAUGAACGUCAGAAUCGAGUUAAUAUUUGAUAGGGUUGCCAUGUAUCUGGAAUUUCCCAGACACAGCCGGUAUUCAGCCUUUGUGAACAGCUUGUGGGUGGAAAUCGCUGAAAUGUCUGGGAAAAUCUGGACGCAGGGCAGCCCAUGCACUUUUGUGUUGGGAUUUUCACUUUUUGAAAUAUGGCAACCCUAUACUUGGAGUUUUGAGAAAUACAGGCUGAUCUUCCUUUCCAAGCCAGGGCCUCACCUGGGAUAGAGGUGUUAACAUGACCAAAAGGAAUCCUUGGUCCUGGGCAAACAGAGGUUGCCCAGGUGAUGGGAUUUAUAGGAGCGAUAACAGGAAAUGUGUGCUGGGAAGAAGAAGGGAGGGGGAAAAAAAGACUUUGGCAGGCUGGCAGAGAUGGCUUGAGCUCCAGUGCUGCACUGCGGUGGGAAACAACCCCUCUUGAAUUGACUGUGUUGCAAGUUCUGGGCUCCCUCCCUCCCUGGUGUAAAUAUGUGAAUAAAUCAUAUUUCUUAAAGCUGCGACAGUCUCUGCCAUGUCUUGCUACUCAAAGGAGCACAGAGUGGCUGGAAUCUUGGCACAGAUUGGGGAUGGCACCCAACCUUUGUAACAAUAUUUUGGAAGCAAAGGGUUUCCCCUCAUCUGGCUUGAAGGGAAACAUCUGUAUAAAGGGAAAGACCUGCUUUCUGCCUUAGAGGACUUGCACAGUCAGAUGCAUGACAUUACAGUGGUACCUCGGGUUACAUACGCUUCAGGUUACAUACGCUUCAGGUUACAUACGCAUCAGGUUACAUGCUCCGCUAACCCAGAAAUAGUGCUUCAGGUUAAGAACUUUGCUUCAGGAUGAGAACAGAAAUUGUGCUCUGGUGGCGCGGUGGCAGCCGGAGGCCCCAUUAGCUAAAGUGGUGCUUCAGGUUAAGAACAGUUUCAGGUUAAGAACGGACCUCCAGAACGAAUUAAGUACUUCACCUGAGGUACCGCUGUAUUAUCAUCAUCAUCAUCAUCAUUAUUAUUAUUACAGUGGUACCUUGGUUCUCUAACGUAAUCCGUUCCGGAAGUCUGUCCAACUUCCAAACUUCCUGCACUCAAGCGAAAGCUGCGUUGGCCGUUCAGCUUCCGAAAAACGGAACACUUACUUCCGGGUUUUCAGCAUUCAGGAGCUGAUUUGUUCGUCAACUAAGCCGUUUGAGAGCCAAGGUUCCACUGUAUUGUUGUUGUUGUUGUUAUUAUUAUUAUUAUUAUUAUUAUUAUUAUUACCCGCCUUUUCCUCAGACCAGGAAUCAGCUUACAGAUAAAAUAAAGUAGAGGUAAAGGGACCCCUGACCAUUACGUCCGGUCGUGGCCGACUCUGGGGUUAUAUAGAAACUAAAAACAUUGAAAAGAUAGUCCAUAAAAUAUAAUGAAACACUCACAGAAUGAAAACAGCACAUAUACUAAAUAUCUAUCUAUCUAUUUAUUUAUUAUUACAACAACAUCACAGCACCAGCCCUUUCCUUUAAAAAAGUUAGUUUCUAAAAGCCUGUUAGAAUAAGGUCUUCAUCUGCCAGAAGAAGAACAACAAGCAGGAGCUAGCCUAAUUUCUUUAGGUAGGGAGUUCUACAGUUUGGGAGCAGCCACCAAAAAGGCCCUGAACCCCAUCUCCACAAAGUGUGAGGACUGUGAGGGUGGAGGGACUAAGAAAGGGGCCUCCAUUGGAGAUCUUGGCCCAUGAAGGUUUGUUAGAGAGAGUACAAUCAUCUUGUAUUCUCUAACUUGGUAUAAAGUAGGUAGCCUCUCAUAUUUGUAGCGUAAACCACUGAGCCUUGGGCUUGCCGAUCAGAAGGUCGGUGGUUCGAAUCCCCAUGAUGGGGUGAGCUCCCGUUGCUCUGCCCCAGCUCCUGCCAACCUAGCAGUUAACACAUCAAAGUGCAAGUAGAUAAAUAGGUACCACUCCGGCGGGAAGGUAAACAGCAUUUCCGUGCGCUGCUCUGGUUUCGCCAGAAGCGGCUUAGUCAUGCUGGCCACACGACCCGGAAAAACCAUCUGCAUACAAACAUCGGCUCCCUCGGCCAGUAAAGCGAGAUGAGCGCCGCAACCCCAGAGUCAUUCAUGACUGGACUUAACUGUCAGGGGUCCUUUACCUUUACCUUUUUAAUGCCGUCAUUAUGACUUGUCAAGCACCUUCUCUAAAAGUCUUUUGUUCUCAGAGAGUAUCCUGAAUAUUCAUGGUAGUUACCUCCCAAUAAAAUGUCACAUCUUUCCAUUACAGUGGUACCUCGGGUUACAUACGCUUCAGGUUACAUACGCUUCAGGUUACAGACUCCGCUAACCCAGAAAUAGUGCUUCAGGUUAAGAACUUUGCUUCAGGAUGAGAAGAGAAAUCAUGCUCUGGCGGCGCGGCAGCAGCAGGAGGCCUCAUUAGCUAAAUUGGUCUUCAGGUUAAUAAUAAUAAUGAUGAUAAUGAUAAUGAUAAUAAUAAUAAUAAUAAUGAUUUUAUUAUUUAUACUCUGCCCAUCUGGCUGGGUUUCCCCAGCCACUCUGGGCGGCUUCCAAAAAAAUAUUAAAGAACAGUUUCAGGUUAAGAACAGACCUCUGGAACGGAUUAAGUACUUAACCUGAAGUACCACUGUACUGCAUUUUGGUCCGGCCUUUAUACCUGCAUGUCAAAUCGUAUCUCUUAAUUUUUCGCAUUUUCUUCUAGAAGCAGAAGCCGAAGGACUCUGAUACUGUGUAGAUCUUCCUCACAACACUGCUCUAUCUCUUUUUCGCAGAGAGCUGCGCCGUGCCCAUAUCUGAGAUUAUUGCUGUCGAGGAAACAGAAAUCGAUAAGAAACAAUCUAAUAGUGGGAAAUGGCAGAAAAUGGCAAAGCCACAUGCAUUCACAGGUAAAACACAACGGCAGGCACCGUUUUUUUAAAACACCUGUUUGCUAAAUGUUUGCAAUAUUCUUCCAAGCGGUGAGAGAAAUCUUACCACUCAUCUGCUUUCUUGGAUUUCUCGCCAAGAAAUCGUUUGGAGUAAGUUACCACUUGGCAUAACAUAAUCUGUAUUCCACCCUCACCAACCCUCAAUUCUGAGUGGAGAAAUUGCCGCAAAACUACUCUGAUUUCCACUGCAGAACACAAUAGCAUCAUUAACUACCAUACCCCUCUGCGUAUCUUGCAGAAAACGGACCUUUAGGGAGCAUAUUAAGGGAAAGCAAGCAAUAAAUGGCUUUGAAUUUGUCUUUUGACCCACUAGGGUAUAUGCCUGGACUUAGUGUGUGUGAAUUUUCACCACACACAACCUUCAAAUUAUAGGGCAUUAUUAAGUGCUUUGAAAUAGCGACAGGAUGCAUGUUUUCACAUGUGCUCCAUAUUUUAUGUACAUAUAAUAUCUAAGAGUUUUUUUAAAUUGAUGACAUAGCUAUAAACUUAACCAAGGGUUUAUUGAUUGCUUAAAUGCCCAAAGUGUUUGUUUGUUUUUAACCUAAAGUUCUGCUAAAUCUUGCCCCUAUUGAAUCCAUUAAAUGGUCAGGGUUUUCUGCUUUGUAUCUGCACUUUAAAAAAUGGUAAUUAUUAAUUAUUACCUCACAACAGAUUCUUCUUCUUUUUCCCCCCCAAAGGAAGAGGAAGACCUACUUGACUUCAAAAUAUAAACCUUAAAAAAAUUAGAAGCCCUACCUGUCUGAGGUGAAAGGGCAAGCGCUUGAUUUGUUUCUAAUUCCUUUUAAUACCUUUUGAAUAAAUAGAGGAUUUUCCUUUUACAGUGUUGGAAUAUGAGACAUUCUGGGUACCUUGAAAUGAAUCCUUACAUAUAACUUUGUUUGCAUAGGACAGGCAUCCCCAAACUCGGCCCUCCAGAUGUUUUGGGACUACAACUCCCAUGAUCCCUAGCUAACAAGUCCAGUGGUCAGGGAUGAUGGGAACUGUAGUCCCAAAACAUCUGGAGGGCUGAGUUUGGGGAGUUCCACGCUUUGCAGUGAUAGCUGACGCGUGAAAGUAGACUUACCAGUCUCUUUUCCCCAAAUCUGGAAAGUCGGAGGCUGUUUCCGAAAAACCUUCAGCCAGCUUUAUAAAAUUAAAGUUUAAUUUGGAAUACCUUCCCCAUUUUUGGUGCCCAUAUCUUGAAGCUACUGGCACAUACCAACUGAAAGACAGGAACGUUGAUUAGGAAGUCAAAUCUCAUCUAUGCUGUAUAACUGACUUGGUGGUCUCUCUCGUCCCAUUCAGAAUUAUGUUUCAUGCGUUGGUCUAAUAAGUGGGUGGGGCCGUAACAAAUAGCCCCACCCCCAAGUCUCUGUGUAUACAGUGUGAAUGUCUGCAGAGAGGGAGUCCUUGCUCUGGGUUCCAGAUCACAUGGGGCGGGGCUACUUGGGACAUGUGACACUGGGGUGGAGCUAGUCAAAUUAGGCCCCCGCCCACUUCCGGCUACGACUUCUUUUUUCUUUUUUCUUCUGCCUCAAAUUCCCAGCUGCAAUACAGGGCUAGCGAUGCCAGUCUAUCUUACUGGGUUGUUGUACGUUUUAAUGAGAUAAUGCACGCUGAGUUCUUUGAACCCUACCAACCUCUGUAUAAAUACUAAGUUCCAUUAUGUUUUCUGGAGUUAAUUUUGCCCCGCGUUUAAAGGACUCUUCAGACGGAAUUCUGCCUCCUGUGUACAUGACCCUUUUUUGUUUGUUUGCAGUGCACUAUGCGAAGAGAGUACAUAAUCACCGCUGGCGGUGCAAAGACGUGACAUUCUGGUGCAUUAAUGAGCAACUGUGUAAUCAGUGGAUGCAUGCGCUCAGAGAAUUACUUGAUUUGCAGAGUAAGUUCUCGAUGCGCAACUUGUUUCCUCCGCUGCCUUGGAUGGAGAUCAAAAUCCUAGAGUACAGCAAACGAAAAACGGGGCAAGGGGUUUGUUACAGGUGCUGAGAGUCAUUAGGAACCGCCAUUUGCCUCUUAGAGCUACCAAUUUCCAGAGCGGUUUAACAAUCAAUCCGUCUUUGCAGGGAAUUUUGGGAACUGUAGCCCUGGGCAGAGAAAUAAUGUAUAGUGUUAACAUGGCCCUGUUGUAGACUAGGGAUGGAGGACCGCUGGUCCUUUCCUGUGGCAUUAUUCCAACUUCCAGCAGCCUCGGCCAGCAUGGCCAAUGGUCAGAGCUAAUGCAUGAAGUCUAGUACCAUCUGGGACAUAUGUGCAGGAGAAGCAGAUUAAAGAUAAGAAGAAACAGGAGUUCAUUGAUAACUGGAGACCUCUAAAGAGUUACUUAAAAAAUAAGAGUUGCAAUCUGAAUUCGGUAGCAGCUUUUGAAUAAGCUCUGUAAAUAAAGGUUAAAUGAGUUAAAACAGAUAUAUAAUACACAGAGAUGCAUAUUAAUAUUUUAUUAUGAUUUUGCUGAUAAAUUUAGGCAACAGGUUUACUAGAGUGAAAAGAUGUUGAGAAGGACGGGUAGUCAAAUUUAUGAAGAUAUAUACUGUACCUCUUGGAUGGAAUUUUUAUUAUGAUGAAUUUGAUUUACAGACUUUAAAAUGUCUUUGAUGUAACUACGGUUAAUAAAGCAUUAAAUAAAUAAAAAGGGGGGGGGGAGAAGAAGUAGCCUGGCUGCCUUGAAUUUAUUGGAGAAAAAUGGGAUAAAAUUAUCCAAAGUAAUUAUAGUUCAGUUAGCUAUACAUAUCACCAAAAGAAUCAUGCACCCUUAUAAAUUUUCUGGCCUAUUACUUGAACACCUUUUUAAAAAACUGAAAAAGGGAAAGAAUGCUGGAAUAGGGCUUAAAAUACAAAAAAAAAAAAAAAAGACUGAAAGUUUGUGAGAAUCUUUUGGUACUCUGUUCAGUCAUGAUAGCGUUUAUUACAUUUGAAUCAUUAUUUCCAAUGAACUUGGUUCUCUAAAUUGCUUUGUAAAAACAACAACAACAAAACAACCCGCUGAUGCGCAUGAAGGAAUUUAGGAGUGAAUAAUCCUAAAAACUAUUUAGUUUUAACUGGUAUAUCCUUUUUCACUUUGGCAGCCUCUAGACCAAAGCACUUGCUUGUAUAUAUUAAUCCGUACGGUGGGAAAAAACAAGGAGAGAAGAUCUAUGAACAAAAGGUAGCUCCAUUGUUUAGCCUAGCCUCCAUUUCAACAGAUGUUAUAGGUGAGUAAUGUAAAAAUGGUCUGUUAUAAAAUGCAUUCCUUCAUCUCGUGCAUGUUUUAGAAAGAACUGCCUUUAACUUAAUUCCAUGUCAAUGCUGUUACGCAACAGAGGUUUGCCGCUGAACCUACAAAAGGGGUUUUUCGAUUCCGGUAAGGAAAGUUGUGCCGCAAUGCAACCCAGUAAUAAUAAUAAUAAUAAUAAUAAUAAUAAUAAUAAUAAUAAUUUAUUAUUUAUACCCCGCCCAUCUGGCUGGGUUUCCCCAGCCACUUUGGGUGGCUUCCAAAGAAAUAUUUAAAUACUGUAAUACAUCAAACAUUAAAAGCUUCCCUAAACAGGGCUGCCUUCAGAUGUCUUCUAAAAGUCUGGUAGUUGUUGUUCUCUUUGACAUCUGGUGGGAGGGCGUUCCACAGGGAGGGCGCCACUACUGAGAAGGCCCUCUGCCUGGUUCCCUGUAACUUGGCUUCUCGCAGUGAGGGAACCGCCAGAAGGCCCUCGGUGCUGGAUCUCAGUGUCUGGGUAGAAUGAUGGGGGUGGAGACGCUGGACCGAGGCCAUUUAGGGCUUUAAAGAUCAACACCAACACUUUGAAUUGUGCUCGGAAACAUACUGGGAGCCAAUGUAGGUCUUUCAAGACUGGUGUUAUAUGGUCUCAGCGGCCGCUCCCAGUCACCAGUCUAGCUGCCGCGUUCUGGAUUAGUUGUAGUUUCCGGGUCACCUUCAAAGGUAGCCCAUGUAGAGUGCGUUGCAGUAGUCCAAGCGGGAGAUUACCAGAGCAUGCACCACUCUGGCGAGACAGAUAGGGUCUCAGUCUGUGUACCAGAUGGAGUUGGUAAACAGCUGCCCUGGACACAGAUUUGACCUGUGCCUCCAUGGACAGCUGUGAGUCCACAUUGACUCCCAGGCUGCACAUCUGGUCCUUCAGGGGCACAGUUACCCCAUUCAGGACCAGGGAAUCCUCCACACCUGCCUCCUGUCCCCCCAAGAACAGUACUUCUGUCUUGUCAGGAUUCAACCUCAAUCUGUUAGCCGCCAUCCAUCCUCCAACCGCCUCUAGACAUUCACACAGGGCCUUCACUGGUUCUGAUUGCACAAACCAUGGUGCAGAUUCCACAUCCUUGCUGCAUUUCCACAUCCAGCCUCUGGGCUUGGAUCUCAGGUCAACCCCCAGUGCAUCGUAGUGCAAAAUGCCCGUUUGUUGAGAAACAGCUGCAAGGUUUUGCAGCUCCCUGGAAGCUCCACAGUGCUCAUUUAAUUCUCUGGAUGCUUUCUCAGUCCUCAAAUAAACAAAUGAGCAUGCAUAGCACAAAAGGAAAACUCCACCUGAAAACAUUUGCAUGCGCUUUUUCAGUUGUCAACAAGAGAACAAGCACUGCACAGUGGCACCUGAGUCUCUCCCUCUUUCCUAAAUGUACACAGCCUUGCUCGAGUUCAGAUGGCCAUCACUAGGCUGAGAAAGACUCCUAAGAGAUUGGGACAGGCCUUUGCGCAUGUUGCUGGAAGGCUUUCUGGCAAUUUACUAUGUGUGUGUAUUUUUAGAAAGGUGUUGUGAAAACUCCAAGCAUUUUGCAGCCAUGUUGUUUGUACAGGGUUCACCUCAGAUUUGGCACUGGCGUAGAUAUUUUCCAAAUCCACGCUGAAUAUAGAUUACAGGAUUGUUGUUUUCCUUUCAAGGAGGCCGAUGACCACGUAGUAGCUUCUUACCCCUUUUCUUAUCCAGCUAUUAUGCGCUUCCUUCUUUUGCUGGAAUAACGGUCCAUUUUUUUCCAUAGGAAACUUGGGUCGUUGCCCCAAAGGGAAGCAUUUGCUAGCUGGGAAUAGGAAGCAGCGUUUGAGGCCACGGGGCUGGCAGAAAUCUGGUGAAAUUUCUACAGGCCUGGCUCUAUCACAGACCCUCCAAGUGUCCCCAUUUUCCAGGGACGUCUCUGAUUUAGAGAAGCCAUCUCGGUUUCUGAUUUGAUCCCGGAAUGUCCCACUUUUCCUUAGGAAGUCCCUAUUUUCAUUGGAGAAAUGUUGGAGGGUAAUUUAAUGAAUGUUAGAGUGGUGUUGGAUUGAAAUUAAGUGGCUUCUAGCUGUACAGGCUUUAAAGUUAUAAAUAUAUCAAGAUUAAGGAUUAGGAUUAAAAAGGUUAAAAGAAUGGAAAAAUUGGUUUUUAAUAGGUAAAAAUUUAAUGUUAUAUUAUAUUAAGAUUAAGGAUUAGGAUUAAAAAGGAGGGAAAGGAAUUGCUGGACUAACAAACUGAAUUGGAAUACAAAAGAGGGAGGUAUGAGGAGGUCCGGGAAGCAAGUAAAUGUAAAAGUAGUGAUGAAAAGAGGGAAUUGUUUUUAACUGUUUUUUCUUUUUUCUUUUUGUAUUUUGCAUUGUGUAUUUUUCUUUUUAUUCUUGAAUUUUUCUUUUUUGUUGAUGUGAUUCUUUCUUUGUGAAACUUUAAUAAAUAUAAUUUAAAAAAAAAGAAAAGAAAAAAAGAGAAUUGUUGGAGGGUAUGGAGUUAUCCGAGCCCCGAGCCGUCUGAAAGCGAUCCUGUAUAGGGAAGGGUUUUUUUUUUAAUGUUUUAUGAUGUUUUUAUAUACAUGUUGGAAACUGCCCAGUAAGAUGUGUGGGGUAUAAAUAUAAAAAUUACCAUACUGGGCUGAAUAUGAGCUGUACUAUUUUUUCCCAAAUCCCAACUGUGAAAAGUUAAAGUGUGGCUUAUAUUCAUGGCCUUACGAGAGCGACACCCCCACCCCCCACCCAGGAAGCAGCCCGGAAGCGUGGGGCAAAGUUGCCCAGCCCACCCCCCACUCCCAAGCCUCCCCUGAGCAGCCCUUGAAUUUUGCAGCUUAUUUGAGAGUGCAGCUUAUAUUCGGGUCAAUACGGUAUCAUUAUGGAAUAAGACGUCCCUAUUUUCAUCAGAGGAAUGUUGAGGGGUAUGCUAUCAUACAAGCAAGAAGUGAAGAAGCUGGCAUGCCACAAUUGUGGCAGUGUACGUUGUGGUUGCAGUUUGCCCAUGGAGGCGGGUUUACUCCAGGCUUGACUACUGUAAUUCGCUCUAUGCGGGGCUGCCCUUGAAGCUGUCCCAGAAACUCCAGCGGGUGCAGAAUGCUGCAGCCAGGCUCCUCAUGGGGUCUCUGCUAUGGGAGCAUAUUCACCCAGUGCUUUUCCAGCUGCACUGGCUCCCGGUGGAGUACAGGAUCAGAUUUAAGGUUCUGGUUUUGACCUUUAAAGCCCUUCACAGCCUAGGACCCUCGUACCUACGGGACCGCCUCUCCCGGUAUGCCCCACAGAGAGCCUCAAGGUCCAUAAAUAGCAACACCCUAGAGGUCCCGGGCCCUAAGGAAGUUAGAUUAGUUUCAACCAGAGCCAGGGCCUUUUCAACACUGGCUCUGGGCUGGUGGAACGCUCUGCCUCAUAAGUCCAGGGCCCUGCAGGAUCUUAUUUCUUUCCGCAGGGCCUGUAAGACAGAGUUGUUCCACCUGGCCUUUGGCUUGGAGCCAGUUUGAUUCCCUCCCCCUCUUCCUUUUUUCUUUUUCCUUUCUCCUCCUGUGAUGGGGCUGCAUUUUAAUAUUUUAAUGUUUCAAUAUUUUAAUGUUGUAUUUUAAUCUUGUUUUUAAGUUGUAUUCAUUCAACUUGUUUUUAUUAUUGCUUGUUAGCUGCCCUGAGCCCGGCCUUGGCUGGGGAGGGCGGGGUAUAAAUAAAAGUUAUUAUUAUUAUUAUUACUGCAGCCCUGCCCUGUUUCACAAAUGAGCCAUACCUGCAUUCCAUAACAGCUUCCUAUAUUGCUAUACACAAGGUGGUUUGCAGGCAGAAGAAACAACAGAACAUGCAACGAAGAUCACGCAACCUGGUCAUGAAAAACUCUUGCAUUUUAAAUGAUCUUGUACUGAAUAAAGUAAUAAAUAACCCAUAAGAAUAUAAUAAUGCACUGCAGGUUAUUUUAACAGGAAUUCACUCUCAGCGAUUGCAGCGAAUGAUUACCAAAUUGUAAUCAAUAAAAAUGGUAGCAGAGUUACAGUACGUAAAAUAGAUGGGCUAGUCUUGGAUGACACCCUAAGUAACAAUGGGUGGAGUUGCAGCUUGGUGAAAUAUGAUAAGGUUUAUCACAAUCCUGGCGCCUUACAGUAGCCUAGACUGCUUCCUCCCUCAGGCAGCUGCAACAACAAUAAGUGUCAGGAACCAAAAUGGUCAUAAACCAGUAGUUUUCUCCCUCCCUAGCCAUUUAUGUGCACAUAUGAUCCUCCUUUUAAUAUUAUGUCCUAAAGCUGUUUGUUCCUUUUCUUUCCCCCCUCAGUCACUGAACGCGCUAAUCAUGCUAGGGAUAACUUACUUGAAGUUAAUCUAGAGAAAUAUGAUGGGUAAGUUCUCUUUUUCUCUCUUACAUUAAUCUGUUUUUUUUAAGAUAAAGUACACAGUCCGUACGUGCCCUGCUUAGUAGACAAGUGGAAUGACUGCCCAACAAUUUGGGAAUACCCUUUAGUGUGCAGAUUGCUGCGAGGAGCUUGCUUCAGCCACCCAGUUUAGCGCCUCUCUUUCUGACCUUAUUCCCAGGCACCUGCUGAGGCCGCAGUCCCUAUUGAUUCAUAAAUGAACCCCAAAGAGAGCCUGCUUAGUAUUGCAGUCUUAGGGGAUGGAGAUGUCCCUGUGAUGUUUUGAAACCAUCAGGGUGUCGUACCGCUGAGUGGGCUUUGGCACAUCUUGCAUUUUCUCUAGUAGCGUAGGAGAGCUGAAAACAAUGCCAAUAUAUUUCACAUCUGGCAACCAAUGCGCUGCUUUGGUUUCAGAUAACAAGUGGGUAGACGAGUCCCAAAAGCCCGGGACCCAAAUUUUCAUGGUUCUCUAGCAGCUAGUUUUCCAGACUGCAGAGCGUGCUCCUCAAAUGCUCGUUGCCUUUGUUUUCUGAUAAUUUAGGAGACGCGUGAAAAAUGGCGAUGCCUUAAUUGAUGCCCAGUGAAACAAGUUCCUCUCGGCCCAUAAAUCUUCCAGGAAAGCUUUGUAAUGUCAAUGAUGCCCUCUUAUCGACGGCGUAGCACAUUUAUUUAUCAUUGUGCAUGUUUAUAAUCCUCACCGGUAUAUUCUCAGAAAGUUUAGCCAAUUCUAAUCGCCCUUUGGGAGGAAGAUGGGUUGGGUUGUGGGGAGAUAUCCCCAAGCAAGCUACCGUAUUUUUUUUGCUCUAUAAGACUCACUUUUUCCCUCCUAAAAAGUAAGGGGAAAUGUGUGUGCGUCUUAUGGAGCGAAUGCAGUCUGCGCAGCAAUCCCAGAAGCCGGAACAUCAAGAGGGAUUGCUGCUUUCACUGCGCAGCGAUCCCUCUUGCUGUUCUGGCUUCUGAGAUUCAGAAUAUUUUUUUUCUUGUUUUCCUCCUCCAAAAACUAGGUGCGUCUUGUGGUCUGGUGCAUCUUAUAGAGCGAAAAAUACGGUAAUUUCCCUUCUGCUCUCCUGUUUCUGCGCAUACAGGCUAUAAUCCAACAGAACUGGUCCAUGCAUAUAGCAAGGCUUGUCUGUCGCUGGCGAUGGGAAAGCAUUGCCUGCAUUCCCAGCUCUCUUUCCCUCCCCCUGAAUCCUGCAACACACACACAGAUCUCAGGAUCGUGGGCACCUGGUAUAGGAAUGCUAAUUCGCUGCUUCUGUCGUGCCCGCUAAGACGGAGAUUAAUUAAACCGCCAUGCGCCCUGCUAAUGCAAGGCCUUCUCAUCAAGUCACAAUUCCUCGUGCAUUAAUCCUCCCCUAAUUACUACAACGCCGAGUCAAAUAGUAUUGAGAUUCCAAUUACGCCGGGCAUGGAAAUGGUUGUAGGACGGGACAGGCGUUCUGGAUCAUUCCUGAGGCUCGGAAUAUAUGGACGCUCUAGUUGUUAUAGACAGAUCGGCCGGCGGUUACAAGCAGACAAAUUACCAGCGUUCUAUACCAAUCCCGCAUCAUUUCCACUUGCUGUCUUUGUCCCUUUGGUCUCACGAACGUAAGAGAGAGCUUUGGAUAGGAGGUGUUAACUUUGAGCAGCGGAUGCUCGCGAUAAUGCAGUUGUGGUAGGCGGGAAAAUGUGUUUCAAUUUGUCUUUUCAAAUAUAGGCAGAUAUCUCACAGCAGAUGAUGAGGCAGCAAAUGCAGAGCUAGAUGAGAUGAUGGCUUUCCUGUUAUCCAAAUGUGACAUGUAGAGCUUUCUGUCUGUCUCUGCGACAUAUCACAGCCUGCUAUUGAACUGUAGGAGAAUUCAGCCGCCUCUAACGAAUUAACUCUCGUUUCUGCUGUGCGUUUAAACAUCACAUGAACAGGGAUCAACCUGGCAGCUCAGCAUUCCUUGAAAACUUUCCCAAAUGAAGAUUUCCCCCAUUGCAGAAAGCCGGUACAGUGGGACCUUGGUUCUCAAACUUAAUCCAUUCCAGAAAUCUGUUCCAUAACCAAAGCGUUCCAAAACCAAGGCACGCUAUCCCAUAGAAAGUAAUCCAGAACAGAUUAAUUCAUUCCAGACUUUUAAAAACAACCUCUAAAACAGCAAUUUAACAUGAAUUUUACUAUCUAACGAGACCAUUGAUCCAUAAAAUGAAAGCAAUAAUCAAUGUACUGUAGUAUAAAAUAAAUAAGACAGUAUUGUAGAUGAUUUUUAAAAAUUAAUUCUUACCUGCACUGAUGAUAGUCAUUGUUUGGAUGGGGGGCAUUUAUCCAUUUCCACAGUCACACAAUCAGUCAGUCAGUAGCUGAACUGGGUUCCACACAGUCACAAAAACAAAUGAACCGAAAAAGCCUCAAAAACAAAAACGCAAAAUAAAUGGCAAAAACAAAAGUGCCAAACUUCAUCCAUUCCGUAAGUCCGUUUGACUUCCGAAAUAUUCAAAAACCACUGUGCGGCUUCUGAUUGGUGCAGGCGCCCCGGAAACAAUGGCCGACAGCUGCAUCGGAUGUUCGGCUUCUGAAAAACGUUCGAAAACCAGAACACUUACUUUCGGGUUUUUGGCGUUUGGGAACCAAGGCAUUUGAGAAGCAAGGCGUUUGAGAACCAAGGUACCGCUGUAUCUUGCAGUACCAACUGGUGAGGAAUUUGAUUGGAAAUAUCUGCAGGAUUAGUCCCUUCCAAUGUGGCUGGGUUAUUUAAAUGAUCUCCCAGACAUUUGUACACCUGGGGGAUCACUGAAAGUACCAUUCAGUCGCUCACGAACUCUUGCUGUCCAUGGUAAAAUCUCCAGAACAGCAGCCCAGCUGUAAGAUGAUAAGAAGCAGUGGCUUAUGUAGGGAUUAUGAAUGGUAACUCAUUAGGUGAAAUAUCUGUACGUUGGAAGAGGAACAGUAUUCCAUGUUGACGUCUGCCUUGUGUUUACUGUUUUGUUUUCAACCGAUGUCUGUGAGUACUCGCAAAGGAGCAGCAGAAACUAGGGGAGAAUUAUUUUACAAUUAGCCCCAACUCUGCCCCCUCCCCCUCUAAAACAGGUUUACAACUGUUCUGUGAUCUGAAAUUACAUUUUGAACGGAUUAAUUCAAGACACACAGUAAACCAGCCUGAAGAACUUGAUAAGGGAGGUUUUUCUUUUUUUCUUUUUCUUUCUUCCUUGAUAAAGCGAACCAUAUCUACUGUGUCGGGAGUGUUUGACAUAUUUGUUGAUUCCUUCGUUUGCUGUGAGUGUGCAUUUUAAUUUGUGUAUUUUCCGGCAGUGUUGUUUGUGUUGGUGGGGACGGCAUGUUCAAUGAAGUGAUGCAUGGUUUGAUUGGAAGGACGCAGAAGGAUUCUGGCAUAGAUCAAAAUAACCCCAAAGCACCAUUAGUCCAAUGCAAUAUCAGGAUUGGCAUAAUCCCAGCUGGUAAGAAUCGCAAAACGGCUCACUUUCGCCAUACGUCAUUAUAUUGCGGUUAUGAUUUAAUACAUGUUUCAUCAGCCUCCAGGUUGUGCAGCAAGGAACCUAGCCUAGAAUCACAACAUGGGCAGAAACUGGCUGCUGGUAUUUCAACGUUGUCUGUAUCUGUGUAAAAAGGAGCACGUGAAGGGAAACGACAGGAUCACAACCUGUUGCCAGACCUCCAUCACCCCAGCCUCUGUGCGUUUAUCCAAACCCAUGAAUGGCUCUGUUCACAGAUAAUGGAUGGAUACAUAGAGGUCAGAGACUGGAGCAUGCAGAUAUCACCUUGCUCGUUUCUCUUCCGUGUGAUCAUUCUACAUGGCUGGAUGUGCGAUCAGCCCUAACUGUUAUGGCAUAUUAAGAUUUCAAGGACACAGAGUAUGUGAGAUAAUUGAGCCUUCUAUUAUUAUUAUUAUUAUUAUUAUUAUUAUUAUUAUUAUUAUUUAUAUACCUCCCUAUACACGGGGGUCUCAGGGCAGUUCACAGAAUAAAAAUAAAAACAACAACCACAAAAUACAUAAUAAAAAUAAAAAUAACAACCCAAUAGCCCCCCACCCCCCAAAAUAUAUAUAUAUUUUUAAAGGGCAUAAGAUGUAAAUAAGAUCAACCAAAGGCCUGGUUAAAAAGGAACAUUUUUGCCUGGUACUGAAAGGUGUAUAAUGAAGGUGCCAGGCGAACUUUCCUGGGGAGAGGCUCCACAAACGGGGAGCCACUGCGGAGAAGGCCCCGUUCUCGUGUUCCCACCCAAUUAUCACCAGCAUUCUUCCCUUUUCUCCUGGGCCAGCCAGUUUUACCCCAGAAGGACCUUAUUUAAAGGAGCCUGGAAUCUUAUGCUUAGGAACAGCAUCCCAGUUUUCCAUCGGUGUCCCUCCAUAGUUCAGGGAGCUUAUAGCAAAUAGAACAGCGCAGGAUUACCACCCUGCAUUUAUUCUACAUUGUUUUAGCAAAUUUAUAGUGUUUGGGCUACGUUUUAGAUUUAGAUCGUUUUGUCUUUUGUGAAGAUUUAACAUUGUCUCAUUGUUUGUUGUUUGUGGGCUGUUAGUACCCUUGACAUGUGUUUUCUGGGACUGUCUAUUCUCACCGGAACAAACCCUAGUCCUUUUAUUUAUAUGUAAAGGCAAGCCUUUCAGGUUUGCCUGAAUGUGCGUUCCUAGCGAAUUCUAUAUCGAGAGCUAUGGACACGUCAGGAUUUAGUCUAAAGAAAGAACACAUCUUGGUGGAUUUUGCUAGGAAUAGUUUGGACCUCACACCUACCCCAUGAGCCCUCAAUCUAUCGCUUUCCUUUUAAAUUGGGAAGUAUCCUCCAAACUAGUCUCUUUAUUUUUAUUUGGCUAUGGACAUGAUUUAUACUUCACCUUUCAACAGCUUCCCAGGGAAACUGACAAAAAGUUUUAAAUGGUGCUAAACAAAUUAAGACAAAAGCAUUAAAACACAGGCAGCAGCAACAGCAGCAGUAAUAAUAAUAAUAAUAAUAAUAAUAAUAAUAAUAAUAUAUUUCUUUAUACCCCGCCCAUCUGGCUGGAUUUCCCUAGCCGCUCUGGGCAGCUCCCAACAGAAUAUUAAAAACAAGAUAAAACAUCAGACAUUAAAAACUACCCUAAACAGGCUUGCCUUCAGAUGUAAAAGCAAAUGCAAAGCGAGAGAAAGGCAACUUUAACAUAGAGCAGGGCUCAGCAAACUUUUUCACCAGGGGGCCGGUCCACUGUCCCUCAGACCUUGUGGGGGGGGCGGACUAUAUUUUGAAAAGAAGAAGAAGAACAAAUUCCUAUGCCCCACAAAUAACCCAGAGAUGCAUUUUAAAUAAAAGGACACAUUCUACUCGUGUAAAAACACACUGAUUCCUGGCCCAUCCGCGGGCUGGAUUUAGAAGGCGAUUGGGCCGGAUCCGGCCCCCAGGCCUUAGUUUGCCUAUCCAUGACAUAGAAGCCAGGAUUUAUUAUUCUCCUUUAUUUUUAAAAAGUCUUCACUUGUGGCACAGACACCUGCCACACCUUAGACACCCAGUGAAGGACCUCUGUUGUAGGUCUUACAAACCAUGAAGGGCCUUAAAGCCGCCAAGCAACUUUUGAAGUCGUGAAAUGACCUGGGAGCCAGCACAGUUGGCAGAGCACAAGUGUGCCAUGAUCACAAUGCCCGGUCCCAGGGAUCACAGCUUCGCGGUUGUGUUUUGGAUUAACUGCAGUUUCCGAACCAUCUUCAAGGGCAGCCCCUGUAGUGCACUAAUGCAGUAGUCCAGCCUUCUCCAAGCCGGUGGCCUCCAGACGUUUCAGAGUCCAGCUACCAUCAGCCCCGAUGCCCUAUGGGCCGAGGAGAGGAGCAUUGGUCCCUUGAAGCUGAGGGAAUUGGCCUUGCCGUCACUCCUUGUUGCUAGGCGGCAACUUGAGUUACUGCCAUGGGCCUUUCCGUGGAAGGAGAUUGUGAUGGUGGCAGCUGCUACUACCUCUCACCGAAGGGAUAUCUAACUGAAUAGUGCCACUCACAGGGUGUAUAAUUACUAUUCAUUUUUUAUUUUUUUAAAAAGCUCAAUGGUGAACAGUGGCUCACCAGAAAACCGAUGUACCUUUGGCACGUAAAUUAAUUGUCAGUUUAAGCAGGGCUUGUCACAUGCCAGGACAAAACUUAGAAACCUGUUUUUCACUAGCAGGGUUUCUGUCACGGUCAUCUUAUUUAAUUAGUUAAUUUUUAAAAGAGCAUUCCUCACCUGCCCUUCACCCAGGGCGGGUUGCAGGAAUAAUAAUAAUAAUAUUCAGUGGGAAGCCACUUUGCGUGGCUUCCAACUGAAUAUUUAAAAAAUACAGCAUCAGACAUUAAAAACUUCCCUAAACAAAGCCGCCUUCAGUUGUCUUUUAAAAGUAAAAUAGUUGUUUAUUGCCUUGACAUCUGCUGGGAGGGUGUUCCACAGAGCAGGCACCACUACCGAGAAGGCCCUCUGCCUGGUUCCCUGUAACCUCACUUCUUGCAGCGAGGGAACUGCCAGAAGGCCCUCACCGCUGGACCUCAGUGUCCAGGCUGGAUGAUGGGGGAGGAGACGUUCCUUCAGGUAUACAGGACCGAGGCCGUUUAGGGCUUUAAAGGUCAGCACCAACACUUUGAAUUGUGCUCGGAAACGUACUGGGAGCCAAUGAAGAUCUUUCAGGACCAGUGUUAUUGGUCUUGGAGGCCACUCCCAGUCACCAAUCUAGUUGCCGCAUUCUGGAUUAAUUUCAGUUUCUGGGUCACCUUCAAAGGUAGCCCCACAUAAGCGCGUUGCAGUAGUCCAAGCAGGAGAUAACUAGAGCAUGCACCACUCUGGCAAGACAGUCUGCGGGUAGGUGGGGUCUUAACCUGCAUACCAGGUGGAGCUGGUAGACAGCUGCCCUGGACACAGAAUUAACCUCUGCCUCCAUGGACAACUGUGAGAGAAAUAUAUGAGAGAAAAAACACCCCAAGUAAAGCACGCAGAACACAGAACAAUAUAAAUUCAGCAAAACAUAUUUUGUUUCGUCCCACAAAACAAAAUGCCUUAACCAUAAAUGCCGGAGGUGUGUUUUUGGCAUGCAAGAGACACUAUAGAACAAAGAUGCCAGUCGUACCUCUAUGAGGAGGGACUUCCACAAUUUUAGGGCCUGCUGCAGAGAAAGCCCUCUCCCGGCCACCAUUCCCCACAUUUUUUUGGGGCGGGGGGUUUCCUUCCAUAUAUCAGUCGGCUUUCCAGUGAGGAGGGUCUCAAAAAGGAAUAACUUCUCUAGUCCCCAUACACCCAGGAUGAGAAGGUAGGGCUUCUAAGCUAACAAGGCUGUUAUUAGUUUUACAUUAUUUUAUCCUGUUUGCACUAAGUUACAUUCUGAAUUUCAGUCUCGUUUCCAGAAUAACUCUUUCCCCAAUGGAUUAAUUUCCUUAUGUUCUGCCUUAAAAACACACUUUGGUUGCUUGGACGUCCUAUUAUGAUUUUCAGCUUUUAUUAGACGGAGAGAAGUGCCGCAAUCAAAAAUUGAACCCAAAUGAAUCAGGGGUUUUUGGGUGGGCUUUCGGAGUCAAAAUGUAUCUCCCCGGGUCAGAAAUAUCUGCUUGAUAUUACCUUUGCUUUCGGACUCAAAAUGUCGUGGGUGUAUCUCCCCAGGUCAGAAAUGUCUGCUUGAUAUAACCUUGAUGUUUAUUAACUUGCAGAGAUUUCGUUGGUAUGAAUUCACUGGUCUGCUCUGUAAAGGGCGGCUCAAACUUUUCCCGUCUUUUCCCUCCGUUUAGCUGCUUUCAUUCCACCCACCUGCCUGACAAAUCAAAAUUUUGCUUAAGCACGCACUAAGCCUAAUUCUUUUGUUCUGCCCUGGACAAACAGCGUCAGCUUGACAAAAGGAUUUCCACCGCAGCUCUUUAACAACAGAUCAAUCUCCCUCUACACCUCUCUCGAAACAUUGCGUUGACCCUCCUGCCUGAGUUAUCAAGGAGAAAGCAAACACCACGACUUUGUCCUGUCAAACUGCAUAAAAUGGUUAGCGAGAGAGGCAAGGGAAGGAAUUGUCUCUCCUGUCUGCUGGAUGGAAAGGAAGAAAAUUCUACAUUCGGCUGUCCCACAGCCAUUACCAUGCCCUAAGCAAUUCCAUCCUGUUUCGUCACAUUUUGGAUAUUCAGCAUAUGUCGACAUUCGCAUGUGGAAGCAGACAGCCCCAAGAGGGGAAAAUCCAAAGUGUCUGACAGUUCAGAUAGUCGCUAGCGAACGUUGACAAGUCACCUAAAUGGAGCAGUCAGCUUUCCUUAGUAUAUGUCCGAGAAGUGGGGGGGAUAUACGUCUGUUUUCAGGAAUUCCAGGGCUCAGUUCUUGGACCUGUGCUAUUUAACAGGUUUAUAAAUGACCUGGAUGCAGACGUAGAAAGGAUGCUGCAGACUUGUGGAUGACUUGAAUCUGAGACCGAUCGCAAACACCAUAGAAAACAGAUUCGAAUCUAGGCAGACCAACAAGGUGAACAUCAACGUACACAGAUGUAUUGAACUUCAUUGCAAAGCUGAGCAGAAACAAAAGAUGGAGGCCUGGCUCGUGUGAAAAGGAUCCAGGGGUCUUGACUGGCUGCAAAACUGAACACGAGCCAGCAGUGUGAUGCAUCUGCUAAAAAAGCGAAUGUGAUCUUAGGUAAAGGUAAAGGGACCCCUGACCAUUAGGUCCAGUUGUGACCGACUCUGGGGUUGCAGCGCUCAUCUCGCUUUAUUGGCCGAGGGAGCCGGCAUACAGCUUCCAGGUCAUGUGGCUAGCAUGACUAAGCCAUUUCUGGCAAACCAGAGCAGCACACAGAAACGCCGUUUACCUUCCCGCCGGAGCGGUACCUAUUUAUCUACUUGCACUUUGAGGUGCUUUCAAACUGCUAGGUGGGCAGGAGCAGGGACCGAGCAACGGGAACUCACCCCGUCACGUGGAUUCGAACCGCCGACCUUCUGAUCAGCAAGUCCUAGACUCUGUGGUUUAACCCACAGUGCCACCGGCUGCAUUAAAAGAAACAUCAUCAUGGGAAGUAAUACUUUCAGUCUAUUCUGUGCUGGUCAAGACUUAUCUGGAAUGUCACUCCCAGUUCCAGCACAUUUUAAGCAUUCAGUAUUUCUGUCAUUCAUUUUUAUCUGUGUACUGCUGUGCAAGACUCACGUAAAUAAGUAUUGAGAGACAGUGUGAAGUAGUGGUUAGAGCGUUGGCCUAAGAUCUAGGAGACUAGAAUUCAGAUACCCCAGUCAGCCAUGAAGCUCACCGGAUUACCUAUUUAUUUCAACAAUUUGUAAACCACUUGAUCCCAGUCAUCUCUAAGCAGCGUACAAGAGAUCCAACACAGUAAGACUAAAAAAUGUGUUACAACUGUAAAAUCACAAAGUUCAAUUAAAAAACCUGCAAGGUGGUUGUGUAGAUAAUUUGGGAGGAGGAAAAUCAUGCAUACCACCUUGAGCUCCUCGGAGGAAAGAUGGCGGGGGAAUGUAAAAUUUAUUAAUUAGUUAUUACUUUUUUCUUUUUUUUAAAGCAAGGCUUUUGCAGAAGAACGUCCAAAAGGAAUCUGCCCUAAGUCACAGUACAUUGUACAGAUUUGGAUUCACACAACGGGUUUUGAAGAUCCCUGUCAUUAAGUUAGAAUCACUGGACUGGAAAUGAGUAAAGAAAACCUCAGAAAGGUUACUGGACUGCAAAAAGAGUUGCCCACCUGCUUACAGUGCUCACUCAUAGCCUAAAAGGAAGAGAAGGCUUCAAAAUAUCUUCCUGCCUGAUCGCCCAGAGCACCACAGGCAGCUAAGCAAAACUAUUUACCACCCUAAGGUAGUUCCUUCCUCUCUCUCAUCCUCUGACUCACUCCCACAAAGCACACAGCGCAAGUAGAAAGCACAGAACCUUGGCGCUUCAAGAUUGCACAGCUCUAGAUAACUCAAGCAAGUGAGCCAGUUCAUAGGGACAAGAGAUGAUCGUGGGUUUGGGGGUAGGGGAAAGCAAUGGCUGUUUUCUUUAUGUGUCUUCACCGUGCUGUAAAAUCCUUUUCCAGGUUCAACGGACUGUGUUUGCUAUUCAACGGUUGGCAUCAAUGAUCCAGUAACUUCAGCCUUGCAUAUCAUUGUGGGUAAGUCCCCACCUAUGGAUUUUGUGCCCUGGGUGGCGUUUCCAGGGGAAUGUCCACCAAUUUUACACUGUUUCUGUAUUUUCCGGUCAUGUGUUUCCCCCUCCCAGACUGGGUACACAUCAGAGACCAUUCCACUGGUGGCAUGAUGGCACGAAUACGUAUUAUGUAAUAUUGCUCUGUCAGACAGUCACAGAGAAGCAUUCUUCAUAAAAUGUACAAUUAUUAGUUAACGCUGUUUCUGGCACCUGAAUUCUGUGGGGUGUCCUGCCUUAAUGUGUCAGUCAAUGUAGAAACUUUUUCGGCAUAGCUGUUAGCUAUAAUUUUAACUUUCCCGUGCCUGAUGUUCACAUGGCGACAAGUGAUUGGCAGGCUGAGUGUGGUUUGCCCCCAAAUGGCCGAAUUAGUUCCACUGAGCAGUUGUUGUUCUCCACCACUCUCACAGACCCAAAGUGUCAUGCAGCAAACACUCUCUUUAUCUCUCAGUUCAGUUCUGGAUUUGGGGAUGCGAAUAGCGCUGUGGUCUAAACCACUGAGCCUCUUGGGCUUGCCAAUUGCAAGGUCGGCGGUUCGAAUCCUGUAAACUCCCUUUGCUCUGUCCCAGCUCCUGCCAACCUAGCAGUUUGAAAGCAUACCAGCGCAAGUAAAUAAAUAGGUACCGCAGUGGCGGGAAGGUAAAGGGCGUUUCCGUGCGCUCCAUGCACCAGAAGCGGUUUAGUCCUGAUGGCCACAUGACCCAGAAAAUUGGGCUGUAGACGAACACCGGCUCCCUCAGCCUGAAAGCAAGAUGAGCGCCACAACCCCAUAGUCGAAUUUGACUGGACUUAACCGUCCAGGGGUCUUUUACCUUUUGCCUCAAUGCUGGACUUUCAGACUGAUGCAAUUGCAGCCUCCCUUAUAAUCUGAAUUGUCUCUUGUCGACAGGAGACACUCAGCCUCUCGAUGUCUCUUCAGUGCAUCACCACGACACGUUACUGAAAUACUUUGUCUCCCUCUUGGGGUAUGGUUUUUAUGGCGAUAUAUUAAAAGACAGCGAGGGGAAACGCUGGAUGGGACCCGUCAGAUACGACCUCUCAGGUAACCUUUCGUAUUUCGUCCUUCUGUAUGAACCUGCAGAGAACCAAGUUGCCAAUAAAACCAGUAUUUUUCUCUAAGGACAACCAUUACUGAGCCAGCCUUGCUAUAAAAAGGCUGUGAAUGUUACCAGCCUGCAAAAAUGUUUAUGGGCUUCCUGAGGGCUGGCAAAGGAAAGGCAGAGGGGUUCAUCCGUCUUUUAGCAGCCCACUUAUGGGCACGGGGGCUCCCACCACAUGGGGGACAGAAGGCGCCAGACCCUUCCUCUGCCAAUCACUGCAUGCGGUGCCAUCUCCUACUGAAGCUGCCAGGCUAAUGCUUAAAUAUACAACUGCAUAUGAGCCGAACGGUGGGAGAAGGAAGCAACAAGCUUGGGAUGUCAAAAAAAUCAAUAAGAAGAUGGCAGAGCGAGUGUCUCCGUGCACUUCUGCAAGAGAAUUAGCAGAAUGGACAGAAAUAAUUUGUGUUGGUUUAUAAGACAUCGUCGUUUCUUAAUUCUCCUCACCCCCCAGGUUUCAAGACCUUUCUCUCUCAUCAUUACUACGAGGGAACAAUAUCCCUUCUACCAGCAUCACACGCCGUGGGGUCUCCAAGAGAUAAGAAGCACUGCAGAAGUGGGUAGGCUAAACUAUAUUGCAUUCGGGUGUUGUUGUUUUUAGCACAUCUGGCUCCCAGGUCCCACUGCAAUGAGUUGUCAGGAUGCUCCCAGCGGCUCCCAGCUGGUUGCCCAAGAAAGUACAGUGGUACCUUCUUGUUCUCAAACUUCAUCCGUUCCGGAAGUCUGUUCCAAAACCAAAGCGUUCCAAAACCAAGGAACGCUUUCCCAUAGGAAGUAAUGCAAAAUGGAUUAUUCCGUUCCAGACUUCUAAAAACAAGCCCCAGAACAGCAAUUUAACAUGAAUUUUACUAUCUAACGAGACCAUUGAUCCCUAAAAUGAAAGCAAUAAACAGUAUACCUCAGUCACGCAAUCAAUCAGUCAGUAGCUGAACUGGGUUCCACACAGUCACAAAAACAAAAACGCAAAAUAAAUCGCAAAAACAGACAGAUCUCAGCGUAACACUCAAAUCGGAAGCGUAACUUUCAAAACGGAGCUUCUGAAAGAAGUUCACAAACUGGAACACUUACUUCCAGGUUUGCAGUGUUUGGGUUCCAAGUUGUUUGAGAACCAAGGCGUUUGAGAACCAAGGUACCACUGUAUAAAGACAAGGAAAGGUUUCUUACCGUCCUUUUUUAGUUCAUUCUUUACAGAGAGAGGCUAUAGAACCCAGCCUCUUGGAUAAUUGGGUUGUCCCGAGUGAAUCUCCAUCCCAUCCCCAUCUCUCCCAUUUCCUCAUUCAUCACUUCCACGGGUGCUGCUACGUGCCCUCUGUCUUUGAGCUCUUUGCUCUCCUACUUUUAAGGCUUGCCAGGUUCUGGGAGAUGGAGGGCCUGGAAUGUUUUCUAAUGACACUGUGUCACCUGGGUGUUGUUCUGGCUCUCCCAUGAUUUCCCAGCUUUUCUUCCCCUCAUCUACCUCUGAGCUGCGACCUUCCUCCAACCCGUGAUUGCAUGCACAAUGUUGAUGUUCACACCAGCCAGACCAGAAGGUGAAGAGGGAGGGAAGAAAAUAUGUCCUUUUGCUAUGCCUGCUCCUGCAGCAAAGAUUCCUGGGAUCAUUGCUGUCACAUGAUGGCAGCAGAGCUUGCUCAGGAUCCAGAAGAUCCCUUGCCGCCCCAGCUCCACCUUUUCUCAUCGAUACCCCCUGUUGGGAGGUGUUUUAUUUUUGCAGGCUACUGUUGGCAGUAGCCCCUGCCCACAGUAGGAGCAGGGACAUUGGGGUGCUCCACACUAGCGGACCUCAGGCACGGUUGGGACACCCUGAGGUCACCCAAAUGCCCCUGUAGCACAGGGGUUGGCAAGGUUUACCAGCCAUGGGCUGGAUUACGCCCAUGAAGAUUGUACAUGGGCCAGACUGGCGCAACGCGGCUCCGGAAAUCGCUUCUGCGCAGAAGCGAUUUCCGGCAUCUGGACAUGCGCAGACACGAUUUCCGGUAUCUGCGCAUGCACAGAUGUGAUUGUUGGAAAAACGCCCAGGAAGGCCACCACCUUCCCAAGACAUCGGGGCGUCUCUCCGGUGGUCACUCUCUGGCUGUAAAUCUUCCUCAGUCCAGAGAGACCAGUGAUAAGCGACCCCUCCCUCCUGAGAGGAGCACGCUCGUCUUCUGGCAUCUCAUUGCAGAAGAAAAAGACAAACAGUAGCUAUAAACUACUUUAUUUACAGUCCUUAUAUACAGAGAACCCACCAGCGUGUCUGCUCUCUCUCAGCAGCAGUACAGAACAACAUCUCACACAGAAGUGAAAGUAACUUCUCUAGCCAGCGUGAGAGAACCAGUGUGGUGUAGUGGUUAAGAGCAGUGGACUCGUAAUCUGGUGAACUGGGUUCGUGUCUCCGCUCCUCCACAUGCAGCUGCUGGGUGACCUUGGGCCGGUCACACUUCUCUGAAGUCUCUCAGCCCCACUCACCUCACAGAGUGUUUGUUGUGGGGGAGGAAGGGAAAGGAGAUUGUUAGCCGCUUUGAGACUCCUUCGGGUAGUGAUAAAGCGGGAUAACAAAUCCAAUCCAAUCCAAACUAGCAGUACCCAAGAGUACUGAGACUUCCUGUCUCACGCUCUCAGACACUCACAUGAUAUAAACAACCAUAGUGCUGCUUGCUGAGCAGCUGGUGAGAUAAAAAUCCUAACAGUGAUUUCUGGCGCCGCUCAGCGAGUCUCAGCACGCAGGGGACUCGCCGAGCGGGUGACUCAAUCCAGGGACGGCUCGUGGGCCGGUAAGACGGUCUUUGUGGGCUGCAUCCUGCCCAUGGGCCUCACGUUGCUGACCCCUGCUCUAGCACAACAGAUCAUUUUCCGUGUCAGUUCACUGUGAAAGUCAACAAGAACAAAGCAGUAACGAGAGUCAACAGCUUUCUUUAACUCUUCAGAACUUGCAAUGCUUUGGCUGCCAAUUAUUUCGGGUUUGGUUUUUUUAAAGAACCAUUAAGAAAAAAGAUAGGCAUCCAUUAUAGCAGUGCAGGGCUUCAGCUAGAAAUUUUGAAGCACGUGACAACUACAGUGGUACCUCGGGUUAAGAACUUAAUUCAUUCUGGAGGUCCGUUCUUAACCUGAAACUGUUCUUAACCUGAGGUACUACUUCAGCUAAUGGGGCGUCCCGCUGCCGCCACACGAUUUCUGUUCUCAUCCUGAAGCAAAGUUCUUAACCUGAGGUACUGUUUCUGGGUUGGCGGAGUCUGUAACCUGAAGCAUCUGUAACCUGAAGCGUUUGUAACCCGAGGUACCACUGUAUUCCAAAGAGAGGCAAUCAAUUUCAUUGUUUGCCUCCAAACAAAACCUCAAAUAUUUGGAAAACGUGGCUUCAGAACUCAAGAUGACUCUGGUACAGAAUUCAGAAAGGCUGCUCCAGAGGUUAGCUUGCUUCUCAUUUAAAUGACAUAUAAAAUAUUGCUUACAACACAGCCUGACAUACUGCAGACAAUCUGGCUAAACGAAUGAAACAUUAAUGCCCGGUUCAGACUGCAGAGGGGAAAAAACGAGGCUCACUCUUCUUCUCCAGGUGCCACAUUUGCAAGCAGAGUAAACAACAGCUGGAGAUAGAGCAGAAGAAGAAUGGGGGAGAGAUUAAAGGUAAUUUUAUACUAUAUGGAAGACCAGACCCGGAUGGUUAGCAGAUUUGUUCAUUUGGCCUCUUAAUGCACUGGGUGAUGUAGCAACAAAUGCAAGGGCAAAUUUGGUUGAUUAGAGAAACUGAAUUAAACCAGAAGCCCAGAAGAGACUCACAUGGAUUUCAGACCAGGUAAGCUUUCUUCAAAGUGAUGCUUUUUUGCUUGUCAUCAUUUAUGGAUCAUUCGGUAUGAAUGAUGAGGGAUGUGAUGGAAGCUACAGGGCCCUGCAAACGAAAUCUGCAUUUCAUAUGUGAGUGCUUUUCUUUCUUCCUGUUUGCUCCACUGAAGUGUCCAACUUAGAAUGGGUUGGACUUGCUUCUGAGCAGACAUACCUAGGACGCCAGUUGUAGUUGUUUGAACAUAGCUCCUAUUGAAAUCAAGGACUGAAGUCAUGGCUAACUUGCUCCAUUGGUUUUUAUAGGACCAAAUUGCAGAUUAUUAUUAUUAUUAUUAUUAUUAUUAUUAUUAUUUAUACCCCGCCCUUCCCGGUUCAAAAACAGGGCUCAGGGCGGCUUACAACAAAUUUAAAACACUUUUAAAAACUUAAUUAUAAAAGCAGCAUAAAAUACAGUAUAAAAACAUGAAUAACAAUAAAAUUCAAAAAUCAAAAAUCAAUUUGAUAAUCCCCAGGGCUAGCUGGCCGAAUUGGUCCUACUUGGGCCAGCGAGGAGGCCAGGGGAGAAUUAGCUGUGGGGUCUCAGAGCAGGUGAUCUUCAUAAAAGGGGAGAGGGAGGGAUUGUUUGUUUGUUUGUUUGUUUAUUGAAUUUACAUACUGCCCUAUACCCAGAGGUCUCAGGGCGGUUCACAGAUAAGAUCAGCAUAAAAACCACAAUAUAUAUAAUCAAAAUAAAAUCAACAACCCAAUAACACACACCCAAAAAAGAGCCACAUUUUUAAAAGGCAUAGGAUGUCAAUCAAGUCAACAAAAGGCCUGGUUAAAAAGGAACGUUUUUGCUUGGUGCCUAAAGGUGUUUCAUGAAGGCGCCAGGUGAAUCUCCCAAGCGAGAGCAUUCCACAGACGGGGAGCCACAGCAGGGAAGGCCCUGUUCUCAUGGUGCCACCCUACGGACCUCUCAAGGAGGGGGCACACGAAGGAAGGCCUCAGAAGAUGAUCUCAGGGUCCGGGUAGGUUCAUAUGGAAAGAGGCAGUCCUUUAGGUAUUGCGAUCCUGAGCUGUUUAAGGCUUUAUAAGUCAAAACCAGCACUUUGAAUUGGGCCCGGAAACUAAUUGGUAGCCAGUGCAGUCGGACCAGGAUCAGUAUAAUAGGCUCAAACCAUCUUGCUCCAGUGAGCAUCUUUGCCACUGAAUUCUGCACCAGCUGAAGUUUCUGAACCAUCUUCAGAGGCAGCUCUAUGUAUAAAGCAUUGCAGUAAUCUAACCUUGAGGUUCCCAGAGCAUAGGCAACAGUAGUUAGGCUAUCCCUGUCCAGAUAGGGGUGUAGCUGGGCCACCAGCCGAAGCUGAUGGAAGGCACUCUGGGCCACUGAGGCUGUCUGAGCCUCGAGCGACAGCAAGGGAUCCAGGACCACCCCCAAGCUACGAACCUUCUCCUUCAGAGGAAGUGUAACCUCAUCAAGAACAGGCAAUCUCCCAUCCAUCCAGGCUGGGGAAUCGCCCACUAACAGUGCCUCUGUCUUAUCUGGGUUGGGCUUCAGUUUGUUGGCUCUCAUCCAGUCCAUUACCGAGGCAUCCAGCUUAGUCUGGAUGCAACCCAACAUGUCCAUUUCAAAGUACAGCCACAGACAUACUAGAAGAGGAUACCCCCAACCCCUGUUGUUCUAGCAUCAUAAAACUGACUUUGGCAGUACCUUCUAUUUUCAAGUAGAGUUGCCACCCCUUUUUUUUUACAAUGCAAAAACACUUACUGCUCUGCCUUCUUUUGCCUCUGGCCCCGUAACUUUUCUUCUAGAGCAAUUCAGUCUCUAGGUAACGAGAGUGAAUCAGGUGCCAACAGCUAUAAAAGUGCUAUAAAAAGCAUUCUGAUUCCUGCACAUCCAAACCUUGUUGAAGAUACAAGUCAACACACUGUCUUCUGUCUGACCUCACUUGCCAGUUAGUUUGCAGCCCCAUUCCUAAGAACAAAUAUGCGCAGCCAGUUGGCCUUGUGGACAACCGGUAUUUGAAAAUGUGCAGUGUUUUUAACUUGGAUAGCUUGCUAACGAAAGAACGUGUCAUAAAUUUGUGCCAUAGUUUAAUAUUGCACACGUAAGAGAUGCAAUAUCUUAAGGCGAUGUCAUAAGACACCUUUAGAAAUCCAAAUCGUCAUGUUUGUUGCUCCCAUCCCACUGCCUCUGUGCUAAAUAUACCUGUUUGCGUUUUGAAGGGGAUGACGAAGGAGAAUGGAAGGUCAUCAGAGGAAAGUUUCUGGCCAUCAACACCGCAAAUAUAAGUUGUGCCUGCCCACGGAGCCCGAAAGGCCUUGCACCAGCUGCUCACUUGGCAGACGGCUCUGCAGACCUCAUUCUGGUUCGCAAAUGCUCCCGAUUCAAUUUCCUAAGGUAUCUCAUCAGGCACACGAACCGGGAUGACCAGGUGUGUAUCUGCUGCGACGGAUUGAAACGCGGGGUGACGUUCAAUGCCGAUCCUGCGCUCCCAUUGCAAAAACACAAAUGUAGAUUGGGCAUAAUUUGAAAGAAGCUCCGAUAGCAGCCUACGGGUUGUUUUUUGGGGGGUGGGGGAGAGGGAGGAGAAACACCAAGGAUUUGGAUUGGCUAUGGCGUUAAAACCCUUUCCGGCAAAAGUGGAGUUGCCAGCUGCUCGCCUGAAUUGGAUUUCUGCGCCGCUAAUUGGUCUGUGGCAAGGGGGAAAGUUUGGCAGGUGGAAGUUCUUGUAAUGCGUUAGGAAUCUCAAAAGUAGUGACUGGGGGAGCCAAGUGCUUUAUUGAUACUGACUGCACUAUUGCAGAAGCUGGCCAGAGGAGAGAGCUGGCCAGAUUUCCACUGCUGUAUGAAAUCGACCUUUCCCAGCAAGAAGCAAGCGGCCAAAGGGGUCAUGGGUCCUACCUAGCCCUGCACAGCAGCGGUGAGGAAGCUGUGGUCCUUUGUAUGUUGUCGGAUUCUUGGCCAUGCUAGCUGGAGUCUUGAUGGGAGUCAGAAGUCCAUCAUCUGGCCUGAGCUGCUCAUUUCUCAGGAUCAGGCGCUUGAGUUUGCUGACCAGCUUGACUGCCCACCUGCUUGGCUCGCCUAUCUUGGCUCAGAUCCCUGUCUGGAUAGUACAUGUUUGCUGCAGCCUCCCAGCUCUGACAGUUCUUUUCUCCUUGCACUGAUGCAUAUUGAACUACCUUGGGUUCCAGCCCCCUACAGCCGACAAAUGAGUUUCAGAAUCCACACCCCUCCCAAAAAAAAUUACUAUUAUGUUUCCUCUUUUUAAAAGGCCAAAUUCAAAACUGGUUAAUAACAUCGAAGGAAGACAGCCACUUACAAACAAGGCAGUUAUUUGUUUCUCCAUUGCUCUGUACUUUAUGUAUGAUAUAUACUCCUUGGGGCAGGAGCCUGUUCUUGUUUUACUUAGCGUAAAUCUGCAAAGUGCAACCAUUUAUGGCACUCUAUAAAUAAUGAUUUCAGCUCCCAGCGUUCCAUUAGGCUCUAAUAAACAGAAUUCCACCCCCCACCCCCACCCAGAGCUGUACAAUUGAAGGGAUGGGUCUAUUGAUUUGAUUUUUAUUUGAUAUAUUAUAUUUUUACGCUGCUUUUCGUUCAAGUGAAUCCCAAAGCAGUUUACAGACAACAGAUAACAAUAACAGAAAAUCACAGGUAAAGGUAAAGGAUUCCUGGACGGUUAAGUCCACUGAAUUUGACUACGGGGCUGUGGCGCUCAUCUCACUUUCAGGCCAAGGGUUCGGGCGUUUGUCUGCAGCCAGAUUUUCCAGGUCAUGUGACCAGCAUGACUAAACCGCUUCUGGUGCAAUGGGACACCGUGAUGGAAGCCAGAGCACAUGGAAACACUGUUUAUCUUCCCAAACAUCACAAACGCUGUAUAAAUCAUAUAGAGCAAUCAACAAUUCACCAGAAAAACAAUAUAUAAAACACUAUUAACAAAGCAGCAACUAAAAAAUAUAAGCUGAUCAUCCCAAUUGCAGCAAAAGUCAUAUAUGAUUCACAAACCAAUACAGCAUUUAUAGGGACAUGUGUGGCACUGUGGUCUAAACCACUGAGCCUCUUGGGCUUGCCAAUCAGAAGGUCGGCAGUUCGAAUCCCCGUGACGGAGUGAGCUCCCGUUGCUCUGUCCCAGCUCCUGCCAACCUAUCAUUUCGAAAGCACACCAGUGCGAGCAGAUAAAUAGGUGGUGGGAAGGUAAAUGGUGUUUCUGUGUGCUCUGGUUUCCGUCACGGUGUCCCGUUGCACCAGAGGAUGUUUAGUCAUGCUGGCCACAUGACCCAGAAAACUCUCUGUGCACGAACGCCGGCUCCCUCGGCCUGAAAGCGAGAUGAACGACACAACCCCAUAAUCCCUUUAACUGGACCUAACUGUCCAGGGGUCCUUUACCUUUUACCUUACAGCAUUUACAAUCUAUGGAACAAUAUUUGUAUGAAACAAUAAACUAAGCCCUGCAAAGUUCCUGCGCGCAGUCUCCACAGAUAGACACAGACCUGAUCCUCAGUGGCAGAGAUCACCAGGGCUAGGGAUCAAGUUAUGAUACGAUACGAUACGAUAUCUUUAUUGUCAUUGUCCCAUACAGAAUAAUGAAAAGAUCUACAUAAGACAUUCAAAAACCCCUAAAAACUCUGAAACCCCUUUUUAAAAUACAAUAUACUCCCAUAGAGACUCCUUAUACUGUGUUUAAAACCAGAAUUGCAUUCGGGUAGAAACUGUUUCUCAGGGGGCUAGUCCUAGUCUUUAUAACCCUUUACCUUCUUCCAGAAGGCAGAAGCUGAAAGAGAUCAUUUCCGGGGUGCGCACUAUCCUGCACUAUCUCUGCAGCUUUCUUAUGACACCUGGAGGCAUAGAUUUGAUCCAAGGUGGGAAGAGUGCACCCAAUUAUUCUCUCCGCAGUCUUCACAACCCUGGAGAGCAUUGUUUUUUCCCUGGCACCUGAUCCAGUGGCGUCCCUGAAUACACAGUUCUCAUGGGUUGGUUCUCCGUAAGUGAGCAGCUGCCAUUCAUUCCUAGCGGGGGAAAGCAGCAGACUGCAUUUCGGAGAUGGGCAGUGUGGAAGUGGGGGCACAACAUCCCCACCAGCAACGCAACCGCAACUUUCACCACGAAGUGGAUGGCAGCAACAUCCCUUUUUAACUUUCUAAAGACAGCUCCAGGACUGCAGGAAAGGUGGCGAUAAUGUUCCUACCCCACCGCCAGGUCCAAAGCUGGGUUAGAAACUUGGAGAAGGGAAUGCCAGAUGGGAGGAAUAAUAAUAAUAAUAUAAUAAUAAUAAUUUAUUAUUUAUACCCCGCCCAUCUGGGGGCUUCCCCAGCCACUCUGGGCGGCUUCCAACAAAAUAUUAAAAUACUGUAAUACAUCAAACAUUCAAAGCUUCCCUAAAGAUCCCUCAAAUCCUUCUCAAAGUAGGUAGGUCAUAUUUGGUUUGGCAGCGAGGAUACCAGACCAGGAGCAGGCUUUGAAAAAAUGUUAUCUCAACCUGCUUAGCAUCUCACCAUGCUGAAAAUGUUUCUAUUCCAUCAGUCUUCUGCAGAUAAUUAAGAACACAUCUUUCCACCACAGUUUGCUGAUUUCCGAUGUUAACUUUUCCAUAUGGUUUUCUUUCUAAUUGUAUAGUUUUCUGUAUAUUCUUUUAAAAUAAAUGGUGGUAUAUGAAUAUUCUUUUAAAAUAAAUGGUGGUAUAUGAAUAUUUUGUUAUGAAUAGAUUUGAUUCAUUUCCUACAUUAUAGUUAAGAAUGGGUGAAGGUGCAUCUAUUGAAUAUCAAGGAAUAAAAGUUUACAGUGCCUCUUCCUGAGCUUGUCAUAGGAGCCACUCAAACGCCAUUCUAGGGACAGCCAUACAUUUUGCAAUGUGCAUUCCGUUUACUUUGCAGAGGGUCACUCUGUUUCCUGGAUAGUGGGGGCAAGUCUCAGUAUUUCACACUCAGUUUUCCACCUGUAAAAUGGGAAUAAUUCUGACCUGCCUUAUGGGAUUUUUGAGGAGGACCCAGAUCCUAGUUUGUUUGUAAAUGACUAGCCACCCGCCAUUGUUGACAUCCAGCUGGUUCAACGUGGACCAGGUGAACACUGAAGGAUAAUAAUAAUAAUAAUAAUAAUAAUAAUAAUAAUAAUAAUAAUAAUUUAUUUCUACCCCACCCAUCUGGCUGGGUUUCCCCAGCCACUCUGGGCGGCUUCCAACAAAAGAUUAAAAAUACAUUAAAAGAUCAGUCAUUAAAAACUUCCUUAAACAGGGCUGCCUUCAGAUGUCUUCUAAAUGUCAGAUAGUUGUUUAUUUCCUUGACAUCUGUUGGGAGGGCGUUCCACAGGGCAGGUGCCACUACCGGGAAGGCCCUCUGCCUGGUUCCCUGUAACCUCACUUCUCGCAGUGAGGGAACCGCCAGAAGGCCCUUGGCGUUGGACCUCAGUGUUCGGGUUGCGCGAUGGGGGUGAGCAGAAUUGUCCCAAUUUAGAUGUGAAAUCCGUGACCUGCAUCUUUCUUUAUGCUGAACUCUGGCUUGCUUUGAACUAACAGAAGCGGUUUGCUGAGUUUUAAGUCAACAAACGCAACAGAUUGCCUCUUCUCCCUUCUCUGCAGUUUGACUUCAGCUUUGUGGAGGUUUAUCGGAUCAAGAAGUUUCAGUUCACAUCGAAACAUUUAGAGGACGGUGACUGCGAUGCCAAGAAAAUGCAGAAGAAUCGCUUCGGCCAUUUCUGCAGAGACCACCCUGCUUGCUGCUGCCUUCCUCCCAGCAGCACCUGGAACUGCGACGGAGAGACGCUGGAUUGUUCAACAAUUGAAGUCAUGUGAGCAUCUUCCUUUCCGGGGAAAAAAGGAUCUGUGCUUUUAAAAAUGCAACAGUUUCACUCGUUCCUUAAUUGAUGGGAACUGCAAAAAAAUGGUCUCCACAGCAGAUAAAAAUCUGUUAUUUGGCGCACACACAAAGCCGUACACGGGAAGUCUUGAAAAUGAGAGGUCAUAACAUGCAUGAAUUUUCAGACCUGCUUCUGUGCUGAAUAGCAACUUCCGGUGUUGGGGAGAAUAAUAAUAAUAAUAAUAAUAAUAAUAAUAAUAAUAAUAAUUUAUUAUUUGUACCCCGCCCAUCUGGCUGGGUUUCCCCAGCCACUCAGGGCACCUUCUACAGAGACCAAAAAUACACAUAAAUGUCACACAUUAAAAACUUCCCUGAACAGGGCUGCCUUAAGAUGUCUUCUGAAUGUCAGGUAGUUGUUUAUCGCUUUGACAUCUGAUGGGAGGUCGUUCCACAGGGCGGGUGCCACUACCAAGAAGGCCCUCUGCCUGGUUCGCUGUAGCUUUGCUUCUCGCAAUGGCCCUCGGCACUGGACCUCAGUGUCUGGGCAGAACGAUGGGGGUGGAGACGCUCCUUCAGGUAUACUGGACCGAGGCCAUUUAGGGCUUUAAAGGCCAACACCAACACUUUGAAUUGUGCUCGGAAACGUACUGGGAGUCAAUGUAGGUCUUUCAAGACCUGUGUUAUAUGGUCUCGGCGGCCGCCCCCAGUCAUGAGUCGAGCUGCUGCAUUCUGGAUUAGUUGUAGUUUCUGUGUCACCUUCAAAGGUAGCCCCACGUAGAGCGCAUUGCAGUAGGAAGGCAGAGUUACAGUUCAUUGGCACCUCAGUGAGGGAGGAGGAAGUUAAAGCCCACUUCUCACAGUCUUUAUCCUAAUUCAGAGGACCCAGCAGCUGCUUUUACAGUUUCAAAAUGGUACAUGCAACCCCUCGCUGCAUGUUUAGCAUCACACAUAGUUUGGCCCUAUGUCUUGAGGAAUAUAAAGACUAGUCGAGUGGAUGUUCAGUUAAUGAGUCCUGAUGUAUGUUUGUGGGAACUGACCCCAAAUUUGGCUGGACUGUGGCCAAAAUGUUUUGUUUUCUUUCAUAGUUCUGCAGAAAUCUGUAAGCGGUUUGUAAUUCCCAACCAAAAGGGAAUCAGUGGAAGAAAUGUAAUGCAAUAUUCCACAUUCCAAACUGAACAAUACAGUGGUGCCUCGCAAGACGAAAUUAAUCCGUUCCGCAAGAGUCUUCGUCUAGCGGUUUUUUCGUCUUGCGAAGCAAGCCCAUUGACGGAUUAGCGCUAUUAGCGCUAUCAGCUGUUUAGCGGCUAUUAAAGGCUUAAAGGCUUAAUUAGCUGCUAAAAGGCUCUUAAAGGCUAUUAAAGGCGUAGCAGAUUAGAUAAAGGGGGGGAAAAGCGAAAAAAAUCUCUAGACUCGCAAGGUAUUUUCGUCUUGCGAAGCAAGCCCAUAGGGGAAUUCGUCCUGCGAAGCAACUUCAAAACGGAAAACCCUUUCGUCUAGCGGUUUUUCCGUCUUGCGAGGCAUUCGUCUUGCGGGGCACCACUGUACUCGAAUCGUACCUUGGUUCUCAGACGGAAUCAUUUCCGGAAGUCCAUUUGACUUCUGAAAACAUUUGAAAACCAAGGCACAGUUUCCUAUUGGCUGCAGCACCUUCCUGCCUUCAAUCGGAAGCCGUGUCGGACAUUAGACUUCCCAAAAAUGUUUGCAAACUGGAACGCUCACUUCCAGCUUUGUGGAGUUUGGGAGCCAAAAUGUUCAAGUCACAAGGCGUUCGAGUACAACUGUACUAAUAAUAGCAACCAUAAUGCCACAUUUUAAGUAACAUAAUUAAAUAUCUCUGAAAAAAAUCCACAACAGCCCAGGUCAUUUAUUCCCUGCCUCUCAUCUAGGGAACACGAGCUCUUCACCACCAAUAUGACAAGGCAACCAUGACUUUCUCUGACUUUCUCUGGGGUGCCAUUGUGAACAACCAGUUCCCCUGGAAGAGCAAAGGGGUUUGCUCCUCUUGAUGACGGGCCUAGUUCACAAUUAAUACAUCUGCAUUUAUUCCGCACUUGUCUUCCCUUUUGCAGGGUCCACUGCCAACUCAUGAAACUGUUUGCAAGAGGAAUAGAGAGGAACUCCACACUUGAAGUAAUUCAGAGGCAGCUCUGCUGAGCAAGUUAGCCGAAGCCCGUUCUCCAUAAAACAAAACGAAAAGCAAGCAACGGAAGGCAACCGCCUGGACGAACAAGCGUCUCAGGCCCGUCAAUAAACGUUUUAAAGCCGAAGACGUUUUUGUGGUAAAAGAAUCCAUUUUGGUAAUAUGCAUUCUCUGCGAAUGCCUUCGAAGAUUUUAGACUUAAUGCACGUCAGGCUACUGUUUUGUGAAGAAAGCGAGGCUGUGUACACAUCACCUCAAGCAGAGGCGCCAACUUGCGCCCAAAAUUGAGGGGGCCCAGUGUGCUUGUGACAUCAUGCAUGCAUGUGACAUCGCACCGGCAGGAGGAGGUCGAGUGCGGAGCCCAACAGGGUGCAGCUUCAGUGACUGGCAGCUCCUCUGGAGCCGGCCACUGAAGGCAUGCCACUCUUGGCUCCGUGCUCGACCCCACAGAUAUUUUUUUGGGGGUGAAUAAACCUUGGCCCCACAGAGUUGGCACCAGGGACCUCAAACCAGCUUCCCCCUGAUUUGAAAACACAAGCCAAGGUUAAGCUGAGGUGCGUCCACUUCCGAUAGCUGUUGUGCACAUGCCGGCAGCUUCCUCGACUAGGACUCAAACCAGGAAAUGAGCACCCCAAACCCCUCUCUGGUCUGUACAUUUGCAAAUGUGACAGCAGGGACGAAUGACCUCACUGCAUUUUAAGCCGCUAUGCGUACAUAGACUUGAAUAUUUGAUACAAAGCAGGGCAAGCGUAGCUUGUCAGAGGCCCCAGGGCAGGAGUCCUGCUAGAAUAAAGUUACUCAACCCAAACAAAAAAGCAGCCGGUCCCUAGCAGAGCCCCUUGGCCAGCUUAGAUCUCCGAGGCCUGGGGCAAGUGUAUCUGGCUGGGGCCCCCUCUGCGUGGGCCUGGAGGGAGCAAAUGGCUUGCAUUUUCAUGCUUUAUUUUCGCCCUUCCUCCUGUGACUAUGCUCCAAUAACAACUAGGCAGUAAUUCAGCCUUAUUAGCUUGCUGCCCCCUGGUACCACCACCACCACCACUCCAAAAAUAUCAGACUGCUAAGAGGAUGGUAUCGUGCAUCUCCAUACUGGCCAGAAAGGCAUAGUCGUUUAUUUUGUAGCCAGCAUGAAAAUACAGGAUGCCAGCCACAUAGCAGGCUAGUGUUAAAGUGGGAAAGGAUCCUUCUAGGAAGUGGAAGACGGAUGGAGUGAGGCAUCCUCCCCUCUGCCAGACCCCUGCAUUUUCAAGCUAGCUAUGUAUGUAGGGACGCAGGUGGCGCUGUGGUCUAAACCACAGAGCCUAGGGCUUGCCGAUCAGAAGGUCGGCGGUUUGAAUCCCCGCCACGGGGUGAGCUCCCGUUCCUCAGUCCCUGCUCCUGCCAACCUAGCAGUUCGAAAGCACAUCAAAGUGCAAGUAGAUAAAUAGGUACCACUCCAGCGGGAAGGUAAACAGCAUUUCCGUGCGCUGCUCUGGUUCCCCAGAAGCAGCUUAGUCGUGCUGGCCACAUAACCCGGAAGCUGUACGCCGGCUCCCUCGGCCAAUAAAGUGAGAUGAGCACCGCAACCCCAGAGUCGACCAUGACUGGACCUAAUGGUCAGGGGUCCCUUUACCUUUACCUUUAUUUAUGAAGCAAUUUUCCUUCCCAUGUACAGAAAUCAAGUGGACCAGUAGAGGAGGAACUGUUCCUCCUGCAGCAAGCUAACUCACUUGCAUGGAGUUCCUUGUUGCUUAUGGCUGCCAGGCAAUGGAGCGGGUUGGCUUAGCCAGCCACCAUCGGCUCUCACCGGCUGCUGCCAGUUUAGUGAGCGCCCCCUUCUGCCUACAGCAGGACCCCCGUUAACAGCAUCAGCAGGUCUUCCCAGGGGCACAGCCGAGCUCUUACGGACCAGCUCCAGGCUGGCAUAGCAAUCUGCCUGCCUCCAACCCAGCCCCAUCAGGGCUGCAGAUAUGGCAGUGCCCCUGACGCUCCAUAAAGCCCCACUGGGCUGCCAGCUAGGACUAUUCCCUCCGUUGUUAAGUGCAAAGUUGGCCGGGAUGUCGUUUUGCACCACUGGUGCCCUUGUGCAAAUACCGUAUUUUUCGCUCCAUAGGGCGCACCGGACCAUAGGGCGUAACUAGUUUUUAGGGGGGAAAUAAAGGGGGGGAAAUUAUUCUCCCCCCCCCAGCCCCAAAGAGCAAAGAAGCCAAGACAGCUAGUGGGAUCCCGCUCGCUGUCUUGGCUUCGUUUUUAGCCGCGGGGCUGGGGCGGGGGAAGCCUGUGUUCGAAACGACCAGCUGAAUUACGAUGGCUUUGUAGCUGGCAUGUUGAUUUAAAGGCUCCCUUGUAUCAAAGUUCUCAGGCCGUCACUCACUCCAAUUUUUCCCCUCCCCAAAUUAUAACUGAAACCCCUUUGUUGCGUGAGCGGAGCCACGCCUGCAACUUAUCAAUGCAAUUCAAACACACAGACCUGGCUUCAAAGCAAUAGGGUGUUGCGUAGAACACCUUUGCGUACAAAAACAUACUGUGAUGCCCUUCUGUACAUCUCUAGGAGGGAAUAAAGGAUUGUCUGAAAGGGCUGUAAGGCCAGACAGCUGUUCCGCAGGGCCUGGGAGAUGCUGAAAAGAGACAAAGUGGAAGUAACUGACACAAGACACCAGCAGAUUGUCCGCUUGUAAAACGUGCUUUAAAUGAAAACAAAAUAGCUUGGGUCUUCAUUUUCUUUCCAUGAAUGCAACAGAGUUCAUGCACACAGGACAUGGUUUCCCUUUUCUCUGCAGUCCCUGGAGGCUGGGUCACCCUUGGGACUGGUAGAGGAUUUGGUUUAGUGGACUGCAGGUGGAAGGGAGAGUUGGCAGAAAUAUCCCCCCGUCCUCCCCUUACAUGAUUGGAGGAACAACUUAGGAUCAUGGCCAACGACUCCUUAGAAUCAUCAAAUUCUAGAGUUGGAAAGGUUCAUCUAGUCUCUUGCCUGCAGUGCAGAAAUACGCAGCUGCCUCAUAUGGGGAUCGAACCUGUAACCUUGGCAUUGCCAGCACCACACUCUAACCAACUGAGCUAUCCAGACUCCUUGGUUGAAGCCAGUUUGCACAAUCAGAAGAAUCAAGUGAAGUAAUCAUUCUUUGAUGUGGCUUGAUUUUUUUAAAAAAACUGCUUAGACCUAUACUGAACCAAAUUUGCUGGGUUUGUUUUUAAUUGUUUGGCUUUUGGACUGGUUCUGUAUUAUUGGUAAAGCGCUUCGGUAUCCUCGUUAAUGAUUGGCAGCCUACAGAUACUUUAGAAAUAUCAACCAUUUCAGAUCGCUGGUAGGUUAGCAGGAGGUCUCCAGUGUCCCGUGGGGAAGGGGGACGUGUUUGCAGACUCUUGUGCUAAGGUGGGUCUGCACGACUUGUGAACCUUCCCAGCUGAACGCAACACGCCAGCCUUAGAAUGGUAGAGUCAGAAGGGACCCAAGGCUCAUCCAGCCCCAGCCAUGCACGGAUCCUGCCCACAGCCAUUCCUGGGUGGGCUCAUCCCACCAACCUUCUGGUUAAAAACCAGAUGUGUUGACCCAUCGAACGACUGGGAGUUCAGGGGCAAACCAUUGUGAGAAAUCAUCACUGUUCCAAAGAACAGGUAAUGUAGAGCAGGGUUGCCACUUCCCGUGGGUCAAGUUUGGAGCCCCUGCCAGGUGUCAUUGGUGGCAUCAGAUGACUCAAUCCCGCACCACACCUGAUGCCAUUUAUUACGUAAAUAAAGGGGAGGGUUAGCUGGACGUACCUUGGGCCAAAGCAGUCUUGCAGGUCAAAUGGUAUCAGGUCUGAAAUGGUCCACAGGCUAGAGCAUGGGUAGGCAAACGAAGGCCCGGGGGCUGGAUCCGGCCCAAUUGCCUUCUCAAUCCGGCCCGCGGACGGUCCAGGAAUCAGCGUGUUUUUACAUGAAUAGAAUGUGUCCUUUUAUUUAAAAUGCAUCUCUGGGUUAUUUGUGGGGCCUGCCUGGUGUUUUUACAUGAGUAGAAUGUGUGCUUUUUAUUUAAAAUGCAUCCCUGGGUUAUUUGUGGGGCAUAGGAAUUCAUUCAUUCCCCCCCCCUUCAGAAUAUAGUCCGGCCCCCCACAAGGUCUGAGGGACAGUGGCCCGGCCCCCUGCUGAAAAUGUUUGCUGACCCCUAGGCUAGAGGAUCCUCACUGCUGGUGUCGAAUAAACGCAGUGUUGCGCAAGUGACUGCUGAGAAUUAGAAAACCCAGCUCAGUCCCUGCAAGUUAGGCUAAAAAUUCAACAUCUUGAGAAUCAAGCGUGUUGCUUCAAACUGCUGUAUAUCUGAGUAGCUUCAUAUGUUAACAAAAGCACAGUCUUUUAAUGGGGUGCAUUCCAUGUUAGGAAGAGAACUCUGUACCUGUAGCUGAUGAUCCUAUGCAUGCUUCCUAGGCAAUAAGCCCCGCUGGAUACUUUGAGGGUCGCUGCCUAGUAAAUGAGCAAAGACUGGGUUGCAUCUGACUGUUUAAGAUGGAGUUAAAAAACUAGAACGUUGCAACAUGAUCAUUGUUGAUGUGGGACGACGACUCCAUGUUAGCUUGUGGGGCCUUGUUUUUUCUUUAUAUCAAUCUUGCUGGUUUCAGGAUUGAAAAGCAACGUUUUGUUCUUGAGUGAUGGAAAUAAACUCUUCUGAAAAUAAACAGCUAUGUGGCAGACGUUGUGCGUGC